AUGGCUGUUCUACAGGCGUCCAAACAACAAACGCCAGCAGCUACUAUUUGCUCGUACCUGGAUCCCUGGCCGAAGUUGAGAGAAUGGUGUUUUGAUAGGUGGGACAAUGGCGCCAUGCUGCAAUCAUUGGCUACAUAUUGUGCCACUUCUCCGGCUGAAGAGCCAGGAGCUAGAGGUAGUACCAAUGGCUCUAUCGAAAGCUCCAAGCAUCAAUGCGGCAAUACUGCAAAGCAGAUUGACGUCGCGAUUUGCGGCGUUGGACUCCGCCUUGCUGGUGGUAUUCACAGCAUCGAAGAGUUCUGGCAAGCAUUGGUCGGUGGUCUGGUUGCCGAAGGGUCUGCGUCAAAUGCUCAGAAGAGCGGCCAACUGAACAGAAGCUUGAGCGCGUUUGACGCGCGGUUCUUCACAAUGGCAGCUGAUGGGCGAAUCGACAGUGAUCCGUAUUCUCAGAAGCUGUUUGAGGUCGUCCACGAGUGUCUCGAGGACGCGUGUGAGGUCAACUAUCGCGGCGAAAAGGCUUCCGUGGCUUGCUACGUGGCGAUGCCUGGCCGAAAGGACGUAGAGGCCAGGGAGAAGGGAAAUGCCUCGACGGUUGAGCUUGUGUCCAAGCAGUUUGAAUUCCGCGGACCGAGCCUAACUAUUGAGGAUGCUGAAGACUCUGCCUCGCUGGUGACACUUGAUGAAGCCUGCAAGGCUGUCAGAAACGGCAGCGCCCAAGCCGCUCUCGUUGCGGGCAUCAACCUCAUCGCCACCGGGGCGACUGCGGAUGAUCUCGAGGGAGAAGCGGUUGUUGCAGUGUUCAUCAAGCCGCUGAGCGAUGCAGUCCGCGAUGGAAAUCCUAUUCAGGCCGUCAUCCGCGCUGCCAGUUCGGAUUCGAGUGAUGCUGAAGUCGUUGAAUGUUCCGAUGUCCUUAUCGCUGGGAGCUCCUCUCAGCCUGACCAGGGCGAUCUGAAGAGUGCAUCUGGCCUCGUCAGUCUGAUCAAAGCCAUGGCCUCUUUGGAGCAUCAGGACGUCCUGUAUUCAGCCACCACUCUAUCAAAGGCUGUUGUUGUUGUCAACGUCCAGCGCUUACCUAAGCCAGCAGAUGAAACACCAAGCCAGAAGCACCUCGACCUUCCCUCUGGUCGAGCUCAAAGAAUCCGCAUCAACUUCGCUGGAAAAUCCGGGCAUGAAUCUCACUUCGUCAUUGAGCCGCAUCGGCAGCAUGAAUCCCCGGCAAGCAACGAUGCUGCUGGGCCACAGCUGGUGUUGUUCUCUGCAAACAACGUGACGUCUCUCAACCAGCAGAUGCAGCUUCACCACGACUUCGCCAGAUCGAACCCGCAUCUCGUCUCUGACAUUGCCUACACUCGAGCUAUUCGCCGAGAAGCUCUUGAUCACCGAGCAUUUUCUAUCAUUGGAAACGAUGGCGUAUGCCUCAGCACAGCGAGCCCCGCCAAAUGCCCAGUUGCUCCCCCGUCUAUCACGAUGGUGUUCAGUGGUCAAGGAGCGCAAUGGGCAGGCAUGGGAAAAGAGCUUCUUCGGAUCGAUGCGUUCAGAAAUGACAUCAAGAGUAUGGAUAGCAUCUUGCGUCAACUGAAAACGCCACCCUCCUGGACGAUCGAGGAGGAGAUCCAGCGAUCAGCCAGCGACCCUCUUUGUCGGAUCAACUCUGUUGAAACGGCUUGUGUGGUCUCGACCGCUCUACAGGUCGCACUCUUUCAUCAGUACGAGCGACUCGGACUCAAGGCGGAAGCUGUCGUUGGCCACUCCAGUGGUGAGAUUGCCGCAGCCUACGCGGCAGGCUACCUGAACCUGAAGGAGGCAACCGUCGUGGCCUAUUACUAUGGCUAUGCCGCUGCGAUGAGCGUAUGCGACGGGGCUAUGGCGGUGGCCGGCCUCAGCGCUGAAGAGACAAGAGAGUUCCUGCGGGAUGGAGCCGUAGUGGCCUGCGAAAACAGCCCGACGAGCACGACAAUCUCUGGCGACCGCGGCGUCGUGGAGGAUAUCAUGGCUUCGAUCCAGCUGUCCAGACCACAAGUUACCACGCGGAAGUUGCGUGUCGACACAGCUUUCCAUUCCCACCACAUGGAAACAGUCUCUGCCGAAUUUCUGCGCCUUCUACAAAGCGAAGGAAUCACUUCGACGCAGCAAACAACGCGGAAUGCCGUCUUCAUGUCGAGUGUCAGCAACACAAUCCUGACCUCUGCCAAGGACUUUGGCCCCCAUUACUUUGUCAAUAACCUGGUUUCUCCCGUCCGCUUCUCUUCUGCAGUCAUGUCCAUUCUCGACACCACUCCUACACAUGGUCUUUUCCUUGAGAUUGGACCUCACUCCACUCUGUCUGGUCCGCUAUCCCAAAUCUGCUCUGCUGCCAGUCUGUCUUGCAACUACAUCUCAUCUCAGUCCAGAGAGACGGACUGCUUGGCGAGCCUUCUCUCGGCGAUUGGCCGCCUCUGGCAGAACUCUGUGGCUUUGAGCCUGGACACCUUGUUUACGGGACAAGCACUCUCUGGCCUGCCCCGUUACCCAUGGAACUACGGCGAUGACAAUGACAGCGACCUUGCGGAUGCGAACAAGAUGCACUUGUCUGCAAAGGAUAGGCGAGCACAGAUCCUCAAGAGAUCCGCGUCAAGAACGCCUUGCAACCUCUCGGCCGACGAGACACCAGAGACGGACUUGGAGCUCAUCUUGCGGGCCAUUUGGGCAGAUGUACUUCGCAACGUCAUCCAAAUCCGCGUUGAGGAUAUUGGCAAGCACCACAACUUCUUUCUUCUCGGUGGCGAUUCCCUUACCACAACUGAGCUUGCAACGGCUGCCUAUCGACAUGGAAUCCGUCUGUCACCGACGGAUGUGACGGAGAAUCCCGAGCUUGUACGCAUGGCUGCUGUUGCGGUGAUCGACGAUGCUGAGGAAAUCAACAACGCUAAACCGUUCAGCUUGAUUUCUAGCGAGGAUAGGGACGAUGUCGAAUUGAACAUCCAGAGACAAUGCCGUCUCGCUGCUGAAGCACUGGAGGAUAUAUACCCUUGCACCACACUGCAAGAGGGAUUCAUGGCACUGGGACUCAGGCAACCUGGAUCGUACAUUCAUCGACAAGUUUAUAAAGUCAUGCCGCAUGUUGACCUUGAUCGGUUCAGGGUCUCCUGGGACACAGUCGUCAAACACUGUGGCAGUCUUCGGUCGAGGAUUGUUCUGGUCAACUCGCAAGCCUGGCAAUUUGUGGUUGCCACUGACACUGCAUGGGAUGCUCCAGUGUACAAUGUCGACGUGAACGAAUAUCUGAAGGAGUCUCGCAGUUUUACUAUGAGCUACGGAGAUUGCCUUAGUCGGAGUACACUCUUGCAUCAAGAGAACGGCGAUAUCUACUUUGUCUGGAUCGUUCACCACGCGGUUUUUGACGGUCUGAGCAUGAAGAUUGUUCUCGAUUCCCUUCAGAAUGCCUAUCACAGCAUGCACUCAAUUGAACCCCCGCCGCCAUAUUCGAACUUCAUUCGGUACAUUGGAUCGCUCGACUCUAACCGUUCCCGCGAGUACUGGAGGAAAGAACUGGAUGGUGCACAACGGUCCCAGUUCCCUGUUGCUUCUAUAUCUCCAACAUCUCGGGAUCGCGUCUUCACGAAGUCCAUGCCGUUCCGCAACUCCAAAGCAUCGAUCACAACCGCUACCAUUAUCCGCGCUGCCUGGGCACUUGUUCUUGCUCAGUACUGCGGCUCUGACGAUGUUUGCUUUGGUAUGACGCUCUCUGGCCGACAAGCCCCCGUUCCCGGCUUGAACGAGAUUCCUGGUCCGAUGAUCGCCACGGUACCUGUGCGCAUUCAUGUGAAGCGCGACAUGCUCAUCUCUGAGUUCCUGCAGCACAUUCAGUCGCACGCGUCUCACAUGGUUGCUCACGAACAGUACGGGUUACAGAACAUCUCCAAACUUGGCCCGAAUGCAAAGGAACAUCUCUCUUCAGUGGCCUGCUCUUCCUUGAACUCGAUCCUCCAGCAAGGCCCGGUGGAGAAGACGAUUUCGGAGGAAGCCAUGCGCAACUAUUUCAAUUAUCCAUUGGUUCUGCAAACCCGACUUGGAAAUGAUGCCAUUGAUCUCGAGUUCACCUAUUAUGAUGACAUCUUGAAUGAGGACCAGCUGGGAGCGUUAUUCCAUCAUUUCGAACACGUUAUCCAGCAGCUUCUUCAGCCAGAUGAUAUACCUCUGAAGUCUGUCACUUCAUCCAGCCAAUGGGAUUUGCAACGUGUCAGGGAAUGGAACAGUGAAGAGCCUGAAAUUGUUUCCUCAUGCCUUCACGAGAUCAUUGAACGCCAUGCCCUCAAGCGACCAGAUGCUACUGCCGUCUGUGCAUGGGACAUGACAUUGACAUAUGAACAGCUGAACCUUGCCGCUGAUAGACUUGCUCACUAUCUGAUCAGCAACUCUGCGGCUCAGGUGCAACUGGGCGAUCUCGUUCACGUUUGCUUUGAAAAGUCAGCAUGGUUCAUGAUCUCCAUCCUGGCGAUUAACAAAGCUGGAGCUGCUUGGGCCCCUCUCGACCCGUCUCACCCGGUCCAACGCCAAAAGCAAAUCGUCGCGCGAACUAAUGCAAAACUUGCGUUGACUUCGUCCAGCAAUGCUGCUCUUUGCUCUGAACUGGUUGAGCAUAUCAUUGAGGUCUCUGCUGAUCUUGACGACAUGCUGAUUGCGGAGAGACGAGGUAGCAAGGGACUGCCUCGAGUGUCCCCGAGCGCUGCCGCUUAUGUGCUUUUUACCUCUGGAAGCACUGGGACCCCCAAAGGCUUUGUCAUGCAGCAUCAGGCUGUUUGCACGAGCCAAACGUCCGCUGUCAGAAGGCUAGGCAUGACGUCGGAUAUCAGAAUGCUUCAAUUUGCAUCAUACGUCUUUGACAUGUCAAUUGGCGAGAUUGUCGGUCCAUGGGUUGCCGGAGCUACCAUAUGUGUGCCGUCUGAAGAGGUUCGAAUGAAUGGGCUCGUUGAGUACAUACGCGACAUGAAGAUCAACUGGGUUUACCUUACUCCUUCAUUCUCCCGCACGCUUAACCCGGACACCCUCCCUGGUCUCGAUCUGAUGCUGCUUGCAGGCGAGGCUGUAGGACGUGAUGUGCUAGAGACAUGGUUUGGCAAGGUCCGUCUUGUUAAUGGAUGGGGACCAGCCGAGACGUGCGUGUUCAGUACACUGCACGAAUGGACAUCGCUUGACGAAUCCUCUUUGACCAUCGGCAGACCUGUGGGUGGCUUCUGUUGGCUUGUCGACCCCGAAAACCCACACGUUCUAGCACCUAUUGGAACCGUGGGUGAAGUUGUCAUCCAGGGGCCAACGUUGCUCAAAGAAUAUCUGGCGGAUCCUGAAAAGACUGAAGCGGCGACGGUCAGGUCACUGCCGGACUGGGCGCCCUACCGUAAUCUAGCGGAUUGGAAUCGAUUCUACAAGUCUGGCGAUUUGUGUAAAUACAAUCCGGAUGGAACUCUCGUCUUUGUCACACGAAAAGACACCCAAAUCAAGAUCCGAGGUCUUCGAGUCGAGUUGGGAGAGGUAGAGCACCAGAUCAAGGCAUCCCUUGAAGGAGUCUGCCAGGUUGGGGUGGACAUGGUCACCACCGAUGGUGGUUCAAGCUUGAUUGCCUUCUUUUGCUUCAGCAAUGAAACAAGAAUGGUGACGACAGUUAACGCCGCGGCCGAUGAAGGCGCCGCAAUGUUCCUCCCUGUCACCAGCCAGUUGAAGAGCCAGAUCGUCAGCAUGAUUGGUCACCUAUCCGUGAAUCUUCCAAGAUACAUGAUACCGUCAUUCUUCGUGCCAUGCAAAUACAUGCCAUCGAUUACGUCGACCAAGCUGGACAGGCGUACGUUGAAGAACCAGAUCGAAUUGCUGGGUCCCGACGGCCUGUCCACCUACUCGCUUGUUGAUACUGUCAAGAACCCACCAGAAACGGCAAUGGAGAGCAAGUUGCAAGCGCUUUGGGCGAAACGGCUGAAAAUGCCACUGGAAGCCAUUGGAAGAGACGAUAGCUUCUUGCAGAUUGGCGGUGAUUCAAUUGCUGUGAUCCAUUUUGUGGCCGAUGCCCGCCAGGCUGGGAUAUCUCUCUCUGUCCAGGAUGUCUUCGACGAUCCACGACUGUGGCGAGUGGCUGCCAUCGCAACUUCUGCCGACGGAGACUCCCAUUCGGCUCCAAUUGUAGCGCCAUUUGGCCUUCUUGAGCCCGGCCAGAUCGACUCAGUGAUGCAAGAUGAACUGCUUAAGCUGUGCGGCUUGCCCAGUUGGGAUGCAGUCGACGAUGCGUUCCCUUGUACUAAACUACAGGAAGGACUGAUGGCGCUGACCACGAAACAACCGGGAGCAUACGUUUCGAAGAUGGUGUUUAAGGUUCCGAGGCAUGUCGACAUCGGUCACUUCAAGGCGUCUUGGGAGCGAACAGUUGCCGUUUGCAGCAAUUUGCGCACCAGGAUCGUCCAGCUCAGCAGCCUGGACUCUAUCCAGGUCAUCGUCAAAGAACCUGCGCAAUGGGAAGUCACAGACAAUCAAGGCAUAGACGUCUUUUUGAGACAAGCGAAUAGUAUCCGCAUGUCCUACGGAUCACGGCUCGCCCGCUUUGCACUCGUCCAUGGUGACAAUAGCGAUUGCUAUUUCGUUGCAAUCAUGCACCAUUUAAUCUUUGAUGGGUGGACUCUGGCUCUCAUGGUCCAGGCGUUGCACGCGAUCUACAGAGACAGUGAAGUGCCGAGACUGGCCCCCUACUCGGCGUUCGUGCGGUACACGCUGCAACUCGACUUUGAGACUUCGAAGACGUACUGGAAGGCACAAAUGGAUGGAGCGAGACGUGCUGUGUUUCCUUUACCAAGAGACGAUAUAGCAGUUGCCAAAAGCAAGAGAAACGUUCAAAUCUCAGCGAAAGAGGUUAAGAUACCACAGACGACAAACGGGACUAUUACGAGAGCGACCUAUCUACGAGCUGCGUGGGCUAUGCUCCUUGCAAGAUACUGCAGCACAGAUGACAUUUGCUUUGGUGCCUCCGUUUCUGGUCGCAACGCUCCUCUUGUCGGUGUGGAGAGCGUUCUUGGCCUGGUUGUUUCGACGCUCCCAGUCCGAGUUCGGCUGAACCCCGAUCAGUCACUGUCCGACUUUCUUCGUGAUGUUCAGAAGCAAUCGAAUGAUAUGGUGGCACAUGAGCAAUUCGGGCUACAGAACAUAGCCAGAAUUGGCUCUGAUGCAAAGGACGCAUGCAAUUUUACCAGUCUCAUGGUUGUUCAGCCAAAGGACCUGACAACCGGUUCCAACGGAAACGAAGCGAUCCUUAUCUCCACCAGGGAGGAACAGCGUUUGGCAUGGCAGUCGAUGGAAGACUACUACAAUUAUCCUCUUAUCCUCCAAUGCCACCUGGGGGAUGACAGCGUCGAGCUUGAGUUUGUAUAUGAUGCAGACGUUAUUUCCGAGUUCCAAGUGCUUGCGUUAUCCAACCAGCUCGACCAUAUCAUUCAACAACUUGCAUCUCUGGACAAGAGAACGCUUCUUCGAGAUGUAUCCAGAGCAAGCCCGUGGGAUCUUCAGCAGAGCUUGGACUGGAACUCUCACGAGAUUGUGGUCCAAAAACACUGUAUGCAUGACCUAAUCUCUCAGCGGGCUAAAUUAUGCCCCGAUGAUGAGGCCUUGUUCUCUACCGAAGGAUCGCUCACGUACGCUGCCUUGGAUCGCCUGUCUGAUCAUGUUGCAAGUCAGCUUUUGCAAUACAACGUCCAGCCUGAGACAAUUGUGCCCAUCUGCAUGCAAAAGUCCAUCUGGGCUGUGGUUGGAAUGAUUGGUAUCUUGAAGGCGGGUGGUGCAUACAUGCCUCUUGAUCCUACACAUCCAGAAUCACGAAGGCAAGCCUUGGUUCAGGAGGUGAAUGCUAAAGUGAUAGUCUCCUCGCCAUCGAUGGCGGCAUCUUGUGAAAGCAUGGCGCCGCACACCAUCCAGGUGUCUUCCUCAUUGUUAGCACUUGCUCCCGAGACGCCUGUGGACUAUCAUUCGCUGAGUAACUACAAGAAACCGGAGCCUCAUAACGCUGCGUAUGUUCUGUACACUUCUGGCUCUACGGGAAAGCCAAAAGGCUUGCUCGUCACGCACUCGGCGGCUUGCACUUCGCUGUUGAAGCAUUCUGAUAUGUUCAAUUUCAAGAAGUCUUCACGAGUCUUCCAAUUCGCGAGCUACGUCUUUGACGUUAGCGUGUUGGAUAUCUUCCUGACUCUCAUCCUUGGAGCUACGCUCUGUAUUCCUACAGAAACCGAGAGGAUGGACAGAGCAUGGCGCUUUAUGACUAAAGCACGAGUCACCUUGGCGUGCUUGACGCCAUCAUUCAUCAGAACUCUCGAUCCCGAUACUCUCCCCACUCUACAGACAGUCGCUAUCGGCGGAGAGGCUACCACGAAGGAUAUCCUCAAAACAUGGCACGGGAGAGUUGAGCUGAUAAAUGCCUAUGGACCUGCGGAAGCUUGUGUCAAUUGUGCUGGCCACCCCUUCAAGUCUCAGGACGACUCACCCAUGACUAUUGGACGUCCAUUUACUCACCGGCUGUUCAUCGUGGAGCCGGACAACCAUGAUCGCCUUACGCCAGUGGGAUGUGUUGGUGAACUACUUGUUGAGGGCCAUGCAAUUGCGCGUGGCUAUAUCAACAACGAGGAGAAGACCAAAGCCUCCUUUGUCGAUUCCCUUGACUGGCUGCCUACUCAAACAGAGAGUGAUAGACCAAUAGCCUACAAGACUGGUGAUCUCGCGAGAUUCAACCCCGACGGAACGGUGGAGUUCUUCGGACGACAAGACACGCAAGUCAAGUUACGUGGUCAGCGACUGGAGCUCGGUGAGAUUGAAUACCACAUCAAAGCAAACCUUGCAGAUGUACAGCAUGUUGUGGUGGAUCUCAUUGAGCGUGAAGCAGGCAAGAUGAUCAUUGCCUUUGUCACAUUCCACAACUACUUGUGCGAUAAUACCCCGACGGAUGCUGAGGAUCCUUAUGCCGAAUUUAUCAGCAAUGAGAUAUACGUCUCUUCCUUCCAGGCCCUCAUCCAGGAGCUUCGACGUGUCCUACCAGGCUACAUGAUUCCCAGCAUCAUCUUCCCAAUGAGAGAUGUGCCUCAUACAUCGUCAAACAAGAUCGACAGAAGAACUCUGCGUGAACUCGCAACCAGCAUGCCUCGCGAAAGAAUAUCUAGCUUUUCCAUUGCACGCCAAGACAAAGUCCCACCCACGACGGAAAUGGAGCUCAAGAUUCAGAGUCUCUGGGCUCAAGUGCUCAAGAUCGAUACAGAAGAUAUCUCCAAAUUCGACAACUUUUUCGAGGUUGGGGGUGAUUCCAUCUCCGCAAUCCAUCUUUCGAACCUUGCUGCACGAGAGGACAUCCUGCUUCCCAUUGCAAACAUCUUCAAAGAGCCUCAACUGGCUUCAAUGGCUGCCUGCAUGACCAUCAGGCAGUCACAGCAUACUGACGCUCAACCGUUCAGCAUGAUUGAAGCGACAGAGGUGGAGUCUUUACACGCCUCGAUUCGGCGGCAGUGUGGACUUGCGAACGAACAAGAACUUGAAGACAUAAUCCCUUGUACGCCGCUGCAAGAGGGUCUCAUGGCUUUGACUGCGACGCGUCCAGGCUCCUACAUUGCCAGACGGGCAUAUAAACUGGCGGACGGCGUUGAUCUUGAUCGUUUCAAGGACUCCUGGGAACGUACCAUCAAGGCCUGUAGUAGUUUGAGGACGAGGAUCGUUCAGCACGGAGAUGUAUCACUACAGGCUGUGGUCUCGCAUGAUGGCUUAUGGGAAGAGACUGAUGGUCAAACCCUCCAGUCCUACAUGAAGGGGUUGACCAGCCUCAAUAUGGGCUAUGGCUCGCGACUUUCGCGGCAUGCAAUCCUGAGUUGUUCAAACGGGUCGACGUACUUUAUUUGGGUUGCCCAUCAUGCUAUCUUCGAUGGCUGGACAAUGCAGAUCAAACUUGACGUUCUCCAACGGCUGUAUGCACAGGAGCCUCUUCCGCCCAUUCGCCCAUUCGCCAAUUUUGUGCAAUACCUGUCACAGCUUGAUCCAAAGGCGGCUAAGGACUACUGGCUUAUGGAGCUAGAAGGUGCUCAGAGGGCUUCAUUCCCACCCGCCAAAGUCACAACUGGCAACAAGACGUCAACGGCUCAGAAGACUCAGAUCAUGAAGAGAAAGCUAGCGAAUAUCCAGACGCAGGCCUCCGAGAUGGUGGCUUAUGAACAGUUUGGCCUUCAGAACAUAUCGAAGCUCAGUGAUAGUGCCAAACACGCAACCGACUUCACCAGCUUGUUUGUUGUCCAGUCGAGACAACAUGAGAUCGGAAAGUCCCAGGGAGAGCUCUUCACCACUGAUUCCAAUGAUGAAACAAGCAUUGAGAAUUGGAUAGAGGACUUCUUCAACUAUCCUUUGACGGUAGAAUGUGAUUUGAUGCAGGACCAGGCUGUCAUGACGCUGUACUACGAUGCUGAUGUACUCUCCGAUCUUCAGCUUCAGGGUCUAUGCAACCAGUUCGAGCAUGUCUUGCAGGAGCUGAACCUUCGGUAUAAGGAGCCGCUCGGAAAUUUGUCAAUGACUAGUCAAUGGGGUAUUGACUUUGCUCACGCCUCCAACCCCGACAAACCUCUCGUUGUUGAGUCAUGCAUUCACACGCUGAUUGAACAGCGAACAAAACUGAACCCUGAGUCUCCUGCGGUCUCUUCUUGGGACGCUGAUUUCACUUAUUCCGAACUUGAUGAAAAUGCCGACAAGCUGGCGACGUAUCUCCUGAGCACGCUCAAAGUGAAGGCUGGUGACCUAGUCAUAGUCUGCUUCGACAAAUCCGCCUGGUUUAUUGUGGCGAUCCUAGCAAUCAACAAGAUUGGUGCCGCUUGGGUGCCUCUUGAUCCAGCACAUCCAACGGAUCGUCAUCAGAAUAUCGUUGGUCAGACCAAGGCAACUUUGGCUCUUUGUUCCCUUGCAAACGUGCCCAAGCUCAUGGGCGUGACCACCAGUGUCCUCGAGGUCAACGGAGAGUUCAUGUCCAGGCUACCACUCAAUGAUGCGGUUAAGCCCAGUGUGAAGGUCAGCCCCGAUGAUGUCGCAUACAUCAUCUUCACCUCUGGAUCCACAGGGGUUCCCAAAGGUGUCGUGAUUCAGCACCGCGCUAUCUGCAGCAGCCAAGUCGCUUUGAGUCAGAGACUCGAGAUGCAUGACGGUGUCAGGAUGCUUCAAUUCUCCUCUUUCGUGUUCGAUGCCUCACUUUUUGAGAUCUACAGUCCCCUUAUUUCAGGCGCCUGUGUUUGCAUCCCUUCAUGGGAUACACAGAUGAAUUCAUUGCCAGCUUUCAUACGCGAAAGGAACGUUACCUGGGCAUUCCUGACACCGUCAGUGGCCAGCAUUAUCAGACCGGAAGACGUGCCUUGCUUAGAGCUUGUGACUCUUGGUGGUGAGGCUCCAAGCAAAGAAGUCGUCAACAGUUGGCUCGGUAAGGUGCGGCUGUUCAACGUCUGGGGCCCAACGGAAACAACGGUCAUCGCCAUGGUACAUGAAUACACAGCUACUGAACUCUCUCAUCUGACCAUUGGACGCCCAAUUUGUGGAAACUGCUGGAUCGUCAACCCUAAUGACCCUCAUCAGCUAAGCCCAGUAGGCACCGUUGGUGAAAUCGUGGUCCAAGGGCCCAACCUGCUUCUCGAAUAUUUGGAGAACCCGGAGAAAACGGCUGCCGCCACUGUUACCUCGCUUCCUCACUGGGUUCCCAACCGCGAGGUGUUUGGUCGAUUCUACAAGUCUGGAGAUCUGGCUACCUAUAACGCAGACGGCACCAUUAGAUACAAUAGUCGCAAAGAUGGUCAGAUCAAGAUCCGCGGUCUCCGUGUCGAAUUGGGUGAGAUCGAACACCACAUUCGGAACAACUUGGAAGGUCCAUGCCAAGUCGCUGUUGAAGCGCUCAAGUUCGAAGCUGGUACUCAUCUAGUUGCCUUUAUCUGUCAGAAUACGGAUACCAUUCCGGCUAGCAUGACUGGUGAUGUGGCAACGGAAGAUAUCUUCCUUCCGUCGACGGCAGAUCUGAGGAGCGAUUUAGAGGCGAUGCACGGUUUCUUGGCUUCUGCUCUUCCAAGCUACAUGGUACCUACCUUCUUCAUUCCUUGCAAGAAGAUGCCACUCGUGACAUCCUCCAAGAUGGACAGGAAACUCUUGCGUCGUCUUGCUGCGGCAUUGGAUAGGCAGGCCUUUGAGCAAUACUCCCUGUAUGCGGUGACCGAGGCCAAGUCCAGUCCAGAGACCCCAAUGGAGCACAGUUUGCAGCAGCUUUGGGCCGAUGUUCUCAAAGUCCCUGCUGAAUCGAUUGGAAGGCAUGACAGUUUCUUGGCAAUCGGUGGCGAUUCCAUAGCCAUUAUUCGCCUCAUUGCCCUGGCCCGCGAGCAUGGUAUCGAGCUUCGAGCGAACGAUAUCUUCAAGGAUUCUCGACUUUCCUCUGUCGCUUUGAACGCAGCGCCUAUCGAAGUUGACUCUAGCUCCGCCAAUUCCGCCAUUUCUGCAAAGCCGUUUGCGUUAUUGGAGCCGCACAUUCGAGACGCCCUCUUGGCGCCGCGAUUGAGAAAGGAGCUGAAAUUGACUCGCUCGAUGAAGAUUGAGGACGGCUAUCCGUGCACAAACCUGCAAGAAGGUCUUAUGGUCCUGGCAGUGAAACAGCCUGGAUCGUAUAUCACGAGCUUUCACUACCGCUUAGCAGAGAACGUGGAUCCCUCCGCCUUCAAAGCCGCCUGGGACAAGACUGUACGGCUAUGCGGCAUCCUGCGAACAAGAGUUGUUCACCUCAAGGGCUCGUCGGUUCAGGUAGUCAUAAGCGACUACACUUGGGACGAUACGAAGGGUAUGACUUUGAAGUCUUACCUUCAGUCAAUUGAGCAUCUGGAAGUUGAGUAUGGAUCUCGCCUUUGCCGAUAUGCGUUGAUUAAGGACGAGAACAACCAGACGCACUUCAUCUGGACCAUGCACCACGCUAUCUUCGAUGGCUGGUCUAUACGAGUUGUCCUCGCCACGCUCGAUAACGUGUAUAAGGGAAUGAAGACCACAGCUUUGACGCCCUAUUCUCGUUUCAUUGAAUACACCUUGGCUAUCAACCCCCAAUCUGCUGCUGACUACUGGGUGGAACAGCUUUGGGAUGCCAAGAAGGCCUCGUUCCCCCCCAAUACGAGCGGGAAGCUUCCUGAGUAUUCAAACGGCUAUCGGUCAAUGGUGACGAAUAUCAAACUUCCAGAUCUGAGCGCAACUGGCUUCACAAGGGCUACAAUUCUUCGUGCUACAUGGGCCUUACUUCUUACCCGUUAUUGCGAGACAGACGAUAUCUGCUUUGGAACAACAAUUUCCGGUCGACAAGCCCCGGUGAGUGGCAUAAUAGACAUGCCAGGCCCAGCCAUUGCGACAGUUCCAUUACGAAUCCGAGUGCCUCAACAGAAAUCGGUCGCCGCCUUCCUGCAGGAGGUCCAAGAACAAGCCCUGGCGAUGGUCGAAUUUGAACAGUUUGGUCUGCAGAACAUCAGCAAACUGCAUGCUUGUGCUAAGGAGGCCUGCGACUUCUCUAGCUUGCUAGUUGUUCAGCCGAAGGAAGCCUUGGACCCUGCUGGUGACCAAGACGCUAUCCUCAUUGCAGCUGAUGGGAAGGUUGAGACAGGAGAGUAUGCUCUUCAAAACUACUUCAGUUAUCCCCUCGUUGUUCAGGGGCAUCUGUACGAUGAAUCGACGGAACUCGUUCUCAUCUACAACUCUGCCAUCCUGCCCGAAGAGCAAAUUGUCGCGUUAUCGCACCAAUUCCACCAUGUUGCAAGGGAGCUUGUCCUCAAGUUGCAGUCAAAUGUUGGCUCCAUCGCAACGACAUCCUCAUGGGACCUUCAACAGGCGAUGAAGUUCAAUUCCGAGGUGCCAGAAGCCGUCGAUGGCUGCUUUCAUCAGCUCUUUGAGCGUCAAGCCCGUCAGACACCUGACGCCAUGGCGAUCUGCGCAUGGGACGGUAGCUUCACAUACGCCGAGCUGGACACUGCAGCGAAUCGCUUAGCAUAUCAUCUUAUAUCUCAGCACGCGAUUAAGCCGGACGAACUCAUCCAUGUGUGUUUCGAGAAGUCGGCUUGGUAUUUCGUGUCCAUUUUGGCUAUCAACAAGGCCGGCGCCGCAUGGGUUCCUCUUGACCCCUCUCAUCCACUGGAACGGCUCGGUCAGAUUGUCAAGCAAACGAAGGCUCAGAUGGUGUUGAUAUCUGAAUCUCACGCCUCUCUUUGCAAGGAUCUGAUACCAAUUGUCAUUGAGGUUUCUGCUUCUCUAGAUCAACAACUAUCACGCAAUGGUGCUGCUUUCAGUCAGAACCCGCCGACCACCAAGGUUUCGCCUGCUAACGCAGCUUAUGUCCUGUUUACAUCGGGUAGCACCGGCGUCCCGAAAGGUCUCGUUAUGGAACAUCGAUCCGUCUGCAGCAGUCAGAGAGCCAUUGUUCGCAGGCUGGGCCUCCAUUCCAAGGUCCGGAUGCUUCAAUUUGCGGCGUUCGUGUUCGAUCUCUCUAUCGGAGAAAUAGUUGCACCACUUAUCUCUGGUGCCUGUGUUUGUGUUCCUUCAGAGCAGGCCCGCAUGAACGACGUUGCUGGCUUCAUCAGGGAUGCUAGUGUCAACUGGGCAUACCUAACGCCUUCAUUUGUUCGCGUUCUCAAGCCGGAAGAUGUCCCAGGACUGGAGCUACUGCUGCUGUGUGGAGAGGUCACUCCUCGAGAUGUCUUUGACGUUUGGGUUGGCAAGUUGCGAUUCAUCAGCGGCUGGGGUCCAGCUGAAACAUGCGUGUUCAGUACGCUGCAUGAAUGGCAGCCUCAGGAUUCUCCAUUGACGGUGGGUAGGCCAGUUGGGGCUUUCUGCUGGAUCGUGGACCCUGAGCGUUCUGACCAGCUGGCCCCGAUUGGAACCGUGGGUGAAAUCAUGCUGCAAGGCCCAACGCUCCUUCGCGAAUACCUGGAUGACGCUGAACGAACAGCAUCCUCAACGGUAACGUGUUUGCCCGAUUGGGCGCUGCAAAAGGCAUCGCAGUGGACACGCUUCUAUAAAUCAGGAGAUUUGGCCAUGUACAAUCCGGACGGGACAAUCGAGUUUUGUAGUCGCAGAGAUACUCAAGUCAAGAUCCGCGGCUUACGUGUCGAACUUAGCGAAGUUGAAUACCGGAUUCGCGAGAGCCUGGAAGGCAUUUGCCAGGUAGCCGUUGACAUCUCGACAUCCGAUGGUGGCUCCCGCUUGGUCUCGUACCUUUGCUUCACUGAAGAGACUCGCUCCUCGACGAGCUCAGAGAAUAGCAUGGACGACAUUCUCAUGCCUAUAACAGUCGAAGUUCGACCCUUACUAGCUGCUAUGGUCGGCAAAUUGAGGGUGUCCAUUCCAAACUACAUGAUUCCGACCCUUUUCAUCGUUUGCAGGUAUAUGCCUUCCAUCACAUCGACAAAACUCGACAGGACGGCGCUUCGUCAAGUUGCCUCUCUCCUGACCCAGGAUCAAAUCUCUAUGUAUUCGCUUUCUGAUGAUAACAAGAGACCCCCUGAGACGGACAUGGAGCGAAAGUUCCAAUCACUCUGGGCAUCUAUUCUGAGCAUACCGGCUGAUUCAAUCGGUCGCGAUGACAGCUUCUUGCAGAUUGGCGGAGAUUCGAUCUCUGCUAUACACCUGGUGUCUACAGCGCGGGCUGAGGGCCUGGUCAUCAGUGUGAAAGACGUCUUUGACGAUUCCAGGUUACUCGCAAUAGCUGCGAAGGCGGUCUUCAGUGGUAAAGCUGAGGGGAGGGACAACCAAAUUGCGCCAUUCAGUCUUCUGCCGCCGCCGACUCGAGACGCAAUCGUCAUGCAAGCAGCUGAGCAAUGUGGCAUUGCACAGAGUGCCAUUGAUGACGCCUAUCCUGCUACUUCAAUCCAAGAGGGUCUCAUGGCACUCUCUGUGAAGCAGCGGGGGUCAUAUGUUGCUAAAUAUGUAUACAGGCUGGCCAGCCAAGUCGAUAUAGGUCGCUUCAAAGCCGCGUGGAUGAAGACUGUCGAGCUUUGCGGCGCUUUACGCACAAGAAUCAUUCUCUUUGAUGAUUCAUCGAUCCAGGUCCUUCUAAAGGACCCAGCCUCCUGGGAGGCAACCGACAAGGAGACACUCUCUUCCCUUGUCCGCUCGGACCGAGGCCUUCAAAUGAGCUAUGGUACGCCUCUCUGUUGGUACGCAACAGUGCAGGAAGCAGACACCAGCUACUUUGUCUGGUCAGCUCAUCAUGCCAUUUACGAUGGUUGGACCAUUCGUCUCAUUCUGAGUACCCUGGAGAGCAUCUACAGAAACGUAGAGCCAUCACCGCUGCAGGCAUACAACGCCUUCGUCAAAUACACAUUGUCUCUCGAUCAUGAUGCUGCCACGAACUUCUGGGCUAACGAACUUCAGGGCUCAAAGCGGGCCUCAUUCCCUCCUCUCAACGGUACCAACAUGGGAACUGAUGGCCAGCCUACCCAGGUACACCGGAGAACCAUUGCUCUCCCUGUAAGGGAAAGGUCAUCCAUCACUAAAGCAUCUAUCUUGCGUGCGGCCUGGGCGAUUGUUCUUGCACGUUACUGCGACAGUGAUGAUCUCACCUUUGGCACGACCGUGUCUGGUCGCCAAGCGCCAGUUCCGGGCUUAGAAGCAAUGCCUGGACUAGCAAUUGCCACUAUCCCGGUCCGUGUUCAUCUUGAUAGCCAGAUGAAAACUUCCGAAUUCCUUCUUGGCGUUCAGAAUCAGACGACAGACGUGAUUCCCUAUGAACAAUAUGGAAUACAGAAUAUCGCCAAUGUCAGCUCUGAUGCAAGGGAAGCAUGCAGUUUUUCUAGCUUGCUCGUUAUCCAGCCUCCCGCUUCAUCUCAAGCGGACUCCGAGGAGGCCAUACUUCUUGCUGGGGAAGCUGAAAGUGCCCUGACCGAAGACACGAUGGACUCAUACUUUAACUAUCCUCUUGUUCUCAUCUACGGGAUAGCCGGCGACAACGUUGAGCAGCGCUUGUUCUUCAAUCCAGGAGUGCUGGCCGAAAAGCAAGUUGAAGCCCUCUCUUACCAGAUCGAGCAUGUUGUUCAGCAGCUUGCCAACGAUGUUUGUCUCGGAGAUAUCUCUCUAGUGAGCGACUGGGACGUGAAGCAUGCUAGGGAUUGCCAGACACUGAAGCUUCCCGUCCAGUCUUGCACUCACUGGCUUAUUCAAGAUGCGAUCCGCACCUAUCCCACCUCUCCAGCUGUAGUCUCAUGGGACGGCGAGCUUACCUAUAGUGAGCUUGGAAGCUUGGUCACCCGCCUGGCAGCUAAGCUACGACAGCUUGGCAUAGGGCGCGAGACCUUUGUGCCUAUAUGUUUCCCCAAGUCCGUCUGGGCCGUCGUGACGAUGGUCGCUGUGGAACUGGCGGGUGGUGCUUUCGUUCCGCUUGACCCGAAGGCACCACGGACACGAAUCAGCAGUGUGCUCGACGACAUUAAGGCGACAAUUGCUCUGACAAGCCCGUGCUGCGCAUCGGUUAUGUCAGGCCUUGACAUUCCUGUUGUCGUUAUCGAUGAUUCUUUUGUUGCCACCUUGCCUGAGGCUGCUACUCCAGUACAGCAAACUGACUGCCCGUCUGAUGCAGCCGUUGUUCUUUUCACAUCUGGCAGUACAGGUCGACCGAAGGGCAUGGUCAUUCAGCAUGAUACCCUCUGCUCUUCGGCAAAUGCAUAUGGUUCUGACCUGCUGAUUGGACCUGGUAGCCGCGUUUUUCAGUUUUCAGCCUACACGUUCGACGUCGGUAUUCUAGAUACUCUCGUUACACUCAUGCGUGGCGGUUGCCUCUGUAUCCCUUCAGAAGAGGAUCGACUCAACGACCUAUCUGGUGCCAUCAACAAGACUCAAGCAAAUUGGGUAUUCCUGACGCCUACGGUUGCUGACCUCCUCAAUCCUGCCGACGUACCGACACUUCGUGUAGUGUGUCUGGGCGGAGAGGCGAUCAACCAGAAGACUGCUGCCAGAUGGAAAGACCACGUUGAGCUACACGGCCUCUACGGCCCUGCUGAGGCCUCUAUAUGUGCCUGGAACCCUACCGUGGGCCGGUCCGGCAAGUCAACUAAUCUAGGGAAGCCGCUUGCAAGUGCUUUCUGGGUUGUUGAGCCUACCGAUAUUCACAGGCUCGCCCCUGUUGGAUGCAUCGGAGAGUUGCUAAUCCAGGGUUCAUUGCUUGCCCGGGGCUACCUCAAUGUCGAUGAAAAGCAAGCUGCCAAUUGGAUCGAAUACUUCACAGCAGGCUGGCUGCCUCAUGACUUUCCGAACAGAGCCUAUCGAACUGGCGACUUGGUGCGCCGAAACGCUGAUGGGACUUUCGACUAUAUCGGUCGUAAAGAUACGCAGGUCAAGCUCCAUGGCCAGCGCGUGGAACUCGGCGAGAUCGAACACCAGCUUCAUCAAGUUCUUCCAGCUGGGAUGUCUGCCAUUAUUGAUGUUGUCAAAUCUGUCGAUGAGCAACGGCAAGACAGCCUCAUGGCUUUCUUAUGGUACACCGACAGCGCGACAUCCAACAGCCCCUCGCCCUUGGAACUCAUCGGUAGCCUAUCCGACGAGCAGCGUAUCUUGAUUUCCGAUGUAGACAUGUCUUUGUCCACUACUCUGCCAUCACAUAUGAUUCCCUCAUGCUAUCUCAUUUUCCACGGCAAACCGAAUCAAACCACAUCUGGAAAAGUCGACAGACGUUCUCUCCUUGAGCUGGCUCAGAAUAUCUCCUACGAUGAUCGGUCACGUUUUGGUCCUGGUAAUGAAGAGAAGGAAACGCCGACAGAGCCCAUGGAGUUCAAACUCCGCGAUCUCUGGGCAGAGGUUCUCCACGUGAACGCUGAAGAUAUCAGCAAACGGGACAGUUUCAUGCGCAUUGGUGGCGAUUCCAUCAGUGCAAUCCGGCUUGUCACGCUCGCUCAGAAGCAUGGUCUUGCUCUGAGUGUGGCUACCAUCUUCCACAAACCACAGCUGGAACAAAUGGCCCACGCUGUCUCUGUGACCGCCAACUCUCUCGUCGAUGACAUACAGCCAUUCAAGUUGGUCUCUAGUAUUCCUAAAGAGGCGAUCAUCCAGGCUGUGCGUGACCAAGGCUCAUUGUCGCACGCUGUCGAUGCCUAUCCAUGUACGAGCCUACAGGAAGGCCUCAUGGCCCUGGCCGUCAAGCAGCCUCGCUCAUACAUUGCGAAGUUUGUCUAUCGCCUUCCCGAUCAUGUCAACGUCGAUUCCUUCAAAACAGCGUGGGCGAAAACUGUUGAAAUCUGCACCAGCCUGCGCACACGGAUUGUUUACGUCAAUGAGACGCCCAUCCAAGUGGUUCUUAACGACGAACCCGCUGUUGAUGGACGAGAUGUCGAAGAAGCUAUUCAGUUGCACCGCUCUGUUGAGAUGGGCUACGCAUUGAGGCUCUCACUUGGUACCAUUGUUAAACAAAAUGAUGGGCGAUGCUUCUUCUUUUGGUCGGUUCAUCACGCUGUAUUUGAUGGCUUGUCCAACCGAAACAUUUUCACCGUGCUGCAGAAGGUUUACUCUGGCCUUGAAGUGUCGCCUCUUCCCUCGUAUGCUCGCUUUAUCCAAUAUGUCAAAUCUCUGGAUGUUGACAAUGCUGGACGGUAUUGGAACGCGCAGCUCGAGAACUGCGAGCACUCCAACUUCCCAGCCACGAAUGGUAUCCCGAACUCUGAGACUACCACAAGCAUUCUCGAGAAAGUUGUUGACCUACCCAAGAUGCCCAAGUCAAACAUAACGACUGCAACAUUGAUCCGAGCUGCUUGGGCUCUGGUACUAUCUCGAUAUUGCAGUACUGACGAUGUCUGCUUUGGAAUGUCUCUAUCGGGUCGCCAAGCGCCGGUCCCCGACGUUAUCGACAUGGUUGGGCCUACCCUUGCCACUGUUCCAGUUCGAGUUCGCUUGGACUUUGAUCAAUCUGUGUCUUGCUUCCUUGAGGCUGUACAAGAUCAGGCACUGGAAAUGAUCUCAUUUGAGCAAUACGGCUUGCAGAAUAUUGCGAAGCUUGGUCCUGAUGCCAAACAAGCUUGCCAGUUCUCGAGUCUCCUGCUUAUCCAGCCAACGGAGACAGAGAACGAGGAGGGUGACAACGUCCUUGUGACCGCAGACGUCGAAGUUGAAAGUCCAGCCGACAUGGUUCACAAGUUCUACAGCUUUCCACUCGUUGUUCAAGCACAUCUUGGCGAUGACUCCGUCAGACUAUCCAUCAUCUACAAGUCUAACGCGCUUGUUGAGGCUCAGGCUGAAGCACUUGCUCACCAAUUGAGCCAUGUUGUCUGUCAGCUUACGUCGCUGCGCUUCGCACCCCUAAGAGCGGUAACACUUGCCUCCUCCUGGGACCUGGAAAAGGCCAUCAGCUUCAACCAAGAGAUACCUGACUUCAUCGACUCAUGCAUCCACACACUUAUCGAGGCUCAAGCUGAACAACGUCCUGACGCAAUUGCUGUUUCUGCUUGGGAUGGAGAGCUUACCUACAGCCAACUCAACAGUGCCGCCAACCGCUUAUCCCAUCAUCUGAUAGACAGGUACUCUCUCCAAAUAGAGGAUCUCGUCCACGUGUGCUUUGAGAAGUCCAUCUGGCAUGUGAUAUCGGUCUUAGCCAUCAACAAAGCUGGUGCAGCUUGGGUUCCCUUCGAUCCCUCACAUCCCGAACAGCGGCUUCGACAAAUUGUCAGCCAGACAGGUGCGAAGCUUGCGUUGGCCUCGUCAGGCAAUGCGGCUUUAUGUGGAAAGGUCGUCGAGCGUGUGCUCGAAGUGAACAGCGCGAGUGAUGAUCAGCUGGUUAGCAAGGGUAUCAGUUCAGAUAACCCGAGUAUUCCGGUAACUCCUCGCAACGCCGCAUAUGUCCUGUUCACGUCUGGUUCGACAGGUACUCCAAAGGGCAUCGUCCUAGAGCAUGCCGCUGUGUGCACCAGUCAGACCGCGUUGUCAAAGAGAUUCGGCCUGAAAAGCAAUGACCGAAUGCUCCAAUUCACAGCGUUUACCUUUGACCCCUCAGUCACAGAGAUCUUUGCGACGCUGAUGUUAGGCGCCUGUGUCUGUAUUCCGUCGGACUGGACAAGGAUGAACGACCUCGCUACCUUCAUUAACCAGAACUCCGUCAAUUGGACUUUGCUUACACCUUCUUUCCUACGGACACUAAGUCCUGAGGAUGCACAGAGCUUAGAAGCACUCGUCGUUACCGGAGAAGCUCCCACUCUGGACAUCUUCAACACGUGGAUUGGCAAGGUGCGCCUUAUCAACGGCUGGGGACCGACAGAAACCUGCGUGAUCAGCAGUACACAUGAGUGGCAGUCUGCAGAAGAGUCGUAUCUCAAAAUUGGUAAGCCGGUGGGCAGCUGCUGUUGGAUUGUUGAUUCGAAGCAUACCAGCCAGCUAGCCGCCAUCGGUGUUGUGGGGGAACUUGUUGUCCAGGGUCCAACGCUCCUCCGUGAGUACCUUGCAGCUCCCGACAAAACCAAGGAGGCAGUCGUUACAGAUAUGCCAAGCUGGGUUCCUCGUCAAGGGCUUGUUGGCUGGAACCGACUGUAUAAGACGGGUGACCUUUGCUAUUAUAACCCGGACGGCACCAUCCAGUACUGUUCUCGCAGGGACACGCAAAUCAAGAUCCGAGGUCAGAGAAUUGAGGCUGGGGAGAUUGAGCAUCGCAUUUCACAAGCUUUGUCCAUCCAUCAAGUUGCAGUGGAAGUCGUCAACACUGACAAUGGCCAUACUCUGGUCGCGUACAUCUGCUUCACUUCGGAACUCAGAAAGAUUUCUUCCACCGCGACAGCUGACGAAGUCUUUGCGCCGCUCACAGAUGACACGCAACGAUUGAUAUCCGAGGCAGUGGCACAGCUGAGGACAAGCCUGCCACUUUACAUGAUACCGACGCUGUUCAUUACCUGCAAGUUCAUGCCGUCCAUCACCUCCGUCAAGCUGGACAGAAAGUCGCUCCGACAGUUCACAGCUAUGCUUGAUCGAGACCAACUUACCGGUUACUCGUUAACCGACGCUGCCAAGGAACCCCCAUCAACCGAGAUGGAAUUGCUGCUUCAGUCUCUAUGGGCAGAAGUGCUAAGUAUUCCUGCCGAAUCCAUCGGUCGUCAUGACAACUUCUUCCAGAUCGGCGGUGAUUCAGUUGUUGCAAUCCAACUGGUUUCGAUAGCUCGAAAGAUUGGCUUCCCCAUCUCUGUCACGGACAUCUCCGACGACCCAAGGCUACAUGCUGUUGCCACCAAAAUGGCUCUGGCUGACGGCCACGUCAUAUCAUCUGAUGAAGUUCCGCCAUUCAGCUUGGUACCCCAGUCUAUCCACAAGGCUAUAUCAGGGGGCGAUGCAGAACUUCAAUGCAAACUGACGGAGGGCCAAGCUAUUGAAGAUGCCUACCCUUGCACUCCGCUCCAAGAGGGCCUCUUGAAUACAACUUUGAAGCAACCAGGCGCGUAUAUAGCCAGGUUCCGCUACCGCCUUGGAGAGGGUACCGACGUUUCACGCUUUAUCGCCGCAUGGAACCGAACCGUGGAAGCGUGUGCAAACUUGCGAACCCGUAUCAUCGUCAUAAAUAACAGCACCAUCCAAGUCGUUGUCAGAAACGGCUGUCGCUGGAAUGACGAGGAGAAGACGAUGUUGCCAAGCCAUGGCCAGCAAGACCUUGAAGUUGAUUAUGGCUUGCCGCUGUGUGACUACUCUCUGAUUGAGCAUGAUGGCGCCAAUUACUUCUGCCUCCGGCUACACCAUUCAAUUUACGAUGGCUGGUCAGUUCCGCUGAUGCUCAGCACUUUGCAGAGCUAUUACACUGCAUUGGAUGUCUCUCCGCUUUACCCGUACUCUCGAUUCGUCAAGUAUAUCAUGGGUAUUGAUUCUGAUAUCUCAGCCGAAUUUUGGACUUCUCAGUUGGAGGGUGCCAAGCCCAUGAGCUUUCCAACGGUGAGCGAGGGCGGCAAAAUCGAGUCGAAACAAACGAGGCUUCAGUCAAUCACCGUCGGAAUCCGACAAUCGUCCAACAGCUCCAUCACAAAAGCUGCGAUUAUACGAGCUGCUUGGGCUAUUGUGCUGGCCAGAUAUAGCGGUGUCAAUGAUGUGUGCUUUGGCUCAAGUGUUUCUGGCCGUCAAGCUGCAGUCCCUGGCCUGGAGUCCAUCCCUGGCCUCGUUGUCGCUACUGUGCCGAUUCGUGUCCAGAUAGACGACCAGCAGUCUGUAUCGACAUUCUUACGAAGUGUCCAGAACCAAGCCUUUGACAUGAUUCCACAUGAGCAAUUCGGGCUGAAGAACAUCUCGAACCUCAACGAUGCAGCCAAGGCCGCUUGUGACUUCAAGUCAUUGGUCGUUGUGCAGCCGGUGCAAAAACUGACUCACGAGAGCAACCUGCUCAGCUUCGCAACAGACCUUGAGGGAAGCAGCAAAGUGGAAAUGCUCCAGGGUUAUCUGAGCUAUCCCCUGGUUGCUCAAUGCAUGCUGGCUGACGAUAGCGUCGACCUCGAUCUGUAUUACGAUCCAUCAGUCGUGCCUGAACAUCAGGUGCAAGGUCUCUCUCACGCCUUCAAGCAUGUGUUUGAACAGCUUCUUGUUUCUCCCAAUCAGUCACUGUCGCAAAUGCUCGCUGAGGUGCCUUGGGAAGUCGACUUUGCCGCCUCAGCCAACGGAGUCCCACCCACGACUAUCGAGCGAUGCGUCCACUCUCUGAUUGAAGACGAGACGCUCAAGCAUCCGGCCACACUCGCCGUAGAUGCUUGCGACGCCCGUUUCACGUACCAACAGCUGGAUAUUUGCGCCAAUAGGUUAUCGCAUCACCUGAUCAACAACUUCCACGUCAAGAAGGGCGAUGUUGUACACGUCUGUUUUGACAAGUCAGCUUGGUAUAUCGUCGCCAUCUUGGCCAUCAACAAAGCUGGCGCGACCUGGUCGCCACUUGAUCCCACUCAUCCUGUUCAGCGGUACCAGCAGAUCAUCUCGCAGACUGGCGCGGAGCUGAUCUUGGCUUCUCCGACAAACACAUCAAAGUGUACCAAUCUGACGCCUUUCGUUCUCGAGGUGUCAUCUAGGUUGGACCAGGCCUUGUCUACAAAGGACGUGCUUAAGCACCGACCCAAUGUCGACGUCUCUCCAUCAGAUGCUGCCUACAUCAUCUUCACAUCCGGAACAACAGGCAUGCCCAAGGGCGUCGUCAUCGAACACGGGUCCUUGUGUACAUCGCAGACGGCCUUAGCUCUCAACGUUGGCCUCACAGAUCAAUCCAGAACGCUCCAGUUUGCUUCCUUUGUCUUCGACGCGUGCAUCUUCGAAAUUAUCGCAACGCUGCUUGUCGGUGGCUGCAUAUGUAUGCCAUCUUGGGACGAACAGAUGAACAACCUGACAGGCUACAUGGUCAAAGCUUCUGUAAACGCCGCAUUCGCUACCCCAACUGUUGCGCGUAGCUUGAAGCCGGAAGACAUACCUUGCCUUCAAGUACUUCUUGUGGGAGGCGAGGCUGCCGCGUCAGAUAUUGUAUCAACGUGGUUCGGAAAGCUACGGCUAUACAAUGCCUGGGGUCCAACAGAGACAUGUGUCAUCGCUUCCCUCCAUCCAUGGACUGGUCCAAACGACUCUCCCAGGACCAUUGGGCGGUCUAUCUUGGGUAAUUGGUGGAUCGUAGAUCCAAACGAUCCCAGGAAACUUGUUCCCACCGGAUGUGUUGGCGAAAUUGUCUACCAGGGCCCAACUCUCUUCAGGGAAUACCUGGCUAAUCCAGCCAAGACCGACGAGGUCAUUGUGUCUUCUCUUCCGUAUUGGGUACCCAAUCGUGAAUUGAGAGGCUGGGAUCGCUUCUAUAGAACUGGAGACCUGGGACAUUACAAUCCAGAUGGUACAAUCGAGUUUGCUGGUCGUAAAGAUACCCAGGUCAAGAUCCGUGGACUUCGUAUCGAGUUGCACGAGAUUGAGCAACAGAUCAUCACGAACCUUUCUGGUGCUCGCCAAGUCGCGGUCGACGUUAUGAAGCGGGACGAAGCGUCUCAACUAGUAGCUUUUUACAGCUUCAGCAACGAGACUCUUUCUUCCCAUCUUGGAACAGGCCCUGACGGAAAGGCGAUAUUCGCACCCUUGGAUAACAAUGCUGCGCCUCAAAUCCAUGAUUUGAUCUCUCUUCUCAAAGGUGUUCUACCGCCUUAUAUGAUUCCCACAACUUUCAUCCCCUGUCAACAUAUGCCGAUUGGAACGUCAACCAAGCUAGACCGGAAGCUCCUUGUGCAGAUGGCCACGUCGCUGUCUAGAGAGCAGUUCGAACAGUACUCCCUCGUCGGAAGUACUAAACGUGCUCUCGAAACGACAAUGGAGGCAAGAUUGCAGCAAGUCUGGGCUGACAUUUUGCAUAUCCCAGCCGAAUCGAUUGGAAGGGAUGAUAACUUCCUCCAGAUUGGAGGCGAUUCGAUGUCAGUCAUCUUGCUCGUCUCUGCAGCUCGUGAGAGCGGCAUCAGUAUCAGCGCCAGGGACGUGUUCCAAGAUGCUCGCCUUCUCAGUGUGGCCGCGAAAGCCGAAGUCAUCGCUGAUGAUGACGAUGACUUCGGCGACGUUGAACCGUUUGGUAUGCUGGAAGAAGCUGAGUUGGACUUCCUUCAAACAGACGAAGCCAAAUCUUGCCUUGGCUUGAGCCAUAGUAUGAGUAUCGAAGAUGCAUUCCCUUGCUCGAAGCUUCAAGAAGGUCUAAUGGCCCUAGCUGUGCAAAAGCCGGGCUCUUACAUUGGCACAUUCCACUACCGCCUUUCUAAAUCGGCUGACAUUGACAGCUUCAAGGCUGCGUGGCAAAGAACGGUUGAGAUGUGUCCCAACCUGCGGACUCGAAUCCUGAAUAUCGACGGAGCCUCUAUCCAGGUUGUGCUCCAGAACGAUUUCGAGUGGGAGUCCACGCAAGAGGGCUCUUUGGAUGGCUUCCUUGAGGCUUCACGCGAUAUUAGGAUGGAAUAUGGUUCCCGACUGUGUCGUUAUGCUCUGAUUACCCAAGAUGGGAGCACUCGCUUCAUCUUGACUAUGCAUCACGCGGUCUUUGACGGCUGGACAAUGCGUCUGGUGCUCGAGACGCUGGAUAGCGCAUAUCACGGCGAUGCGGUUGCCGAACUCAGUCCAUAUUCCCGGUUCAUCCAGUAUACUCUCGAUUCGGAUCAAGCAUCGGCAAGCGAGUAUUGGCUUAGCCAACUUCGCAACGCAAAGAAGGCAAGCUAUCCCAACCGUCUCACUCCAGGCGAGCAGCCAGCCAACGCGAACAGCACGGGAUACCUCGAGUCGGAGAUGCAAAUUCCCAAGAUUUCCGCUGGUACUACAAAGGCAACCAUUUUGCGCGCUGCCUGGGCAAUCGUACUGGCUCGCUACUGUGAUGCCAACGAUAUUUGUUUUGGUACAACGGUGUCGGGCCGGCAAGCGCCAGUUCCUGGCUUGGCCGAAAUGCCUGGUCCAGUCAUUGCGACGAUUCCCGUUCGAAUCCAUCUUGAAGAUGGUGGCAAACCGAUCUCCGACUUCCUAGAGGACAUUCAGUCACAGGCAAUGGAAAUGGUUGCAUAUGAGCAGUUCGGUCUGCACAACAUUGCCAAGUUGAGCGACGAUGCUAAAGACGCCUGUGACUUUUCAAGCUUGCUUGUGAUUCAACCAAGGCAGAUUCUGUCGCACAUCAAUGGAGCUGGCGAUGCCCUCCUUGUUGCGCGGUCCGAUGAGUCGGCGGACGAAGCACUAGAAAGCUAUUUCACUUACCCUCUCGUCAUCCAAGCUCACCUUCAUGAUGAUGGGGACAAGCUUGUCUUCAUCUACAACAAGUUCUCUCUCUCUGAACAGCAGCUUAUUACGCUCUCGCAUCAGUUCCAGCAUGUUGUUUCUCAGCUGGCUUCACAUCCCGACCUAUUGCUGAAAGACCUCUCUAUCACGUCUGAGUGGGAUGUUAAGCAGUCUGUUGAGUUCAACUCUGAAGUGCCAGAGAUAAUCGACUCCUGCGUCCACAAGCUCAUUGAAGCCCAGGCCCACCGGGCGCCAAACGCCUUGGCAGUGUCUGCCUGGGACGGCGACUUAACCUAUAGCCAACUCAACAAAUCUGCAAAUCGACUGGCGCGUCAUCUUGUGAAGAACUAUGACAUUCGGCCUGACGACCUUGUUCAUGUGUGCUUUGAAAAGUCUCUUUGGCACUUUGUUGCAAUUGUUGCCAUCAAUAAGGCGGGUGCGGCGUGGGUUCCAUUGGAUCCCUCGUAUCCAGAGCAAAGGCUACGGCAAGUGGUCGACCAGACGCGGGCGACCCUUGUGUUGUCGUCGGCACGCAAUGAAAAGCUGUGCUCAACCCUUCUUGAGAACGUCGUUCGACUUGAUGAUAAGCUCGACCAGAGAUUGGCCGUCACGGAAAAUGGCGACGAAGGUCCAGCUGUUGCCGUUACGCCGAAUCACGCGGUGUACGUGCUCUUUACGUCUGGAAGCACAGGCAAACCGAAGGGCCUAGUGAUGGAACAUGGUGCUGUUUGCACAAGCCAGACGGCCAUAGCCAAGAGGCUCAACCUGACGUCUGAGGUCCGGAUGCUACAGUUUGCGGCUUUCGUGUUCGAUCUCUCUAUUGGUGAAAUCAUCGGGCCUCUGAUUUCCGGUGCAUGCAUCUGUGUUCCAUCAGAGGACACUCGAAUGAACGGAUUGAAGGAAUUUGUCAACGACACGAAGGUUACCUGGGCGUAUCUAACGCCGGCCUUUGUGAGGACCCUGGUUCCGGAAGACAUGCCUGCUCUGCAGCUUUUGCUCUUAGCCGGUGAAGCAGUGCCUCGGGACGUGCUGACCACUUGGUUUGGCAAAGUCCGUCUUGUCAAUGGCUGGGGUCCUGCUGAGACAUGUUGCUUCAGCACACUUCAUGAAUGGUCUUCUGUAGAUGAAUCACCACUUGUCGUUGGCCGCCCCGUUGGAGGGUUCUGCUGGAUCGUCAACCCGGAAGAUCCCCAGCGUCUCACUCCGACAGGAACACUUGGAGAGAUUGUCAUACAGGGUCCCACGAUCCUACGCGAGUACCUUGCCGAUGUCGAACGCACAAAGGACUCAACUGUAUACUCUCUGCCAACAUGGGCGCCGCGGCCGGACUCCAAGAAUUGGAAUAAGUUCUAUAAGUCUGGUGACCUUGGGUACUAUGGUCCCGACGGCACAAUUGUUUUCAGCAGUCGCAAGGACACGCAGAUCAAGAUCCGUGGCCUAAGGGUCGAACUCGGGGAAGUUGAGCAUUAUGUUCGCGAGAUUCUGGACGGCGUGCGACAAGUCGUUGUCGACGUGUACCAAAAGGAGGGUCGGUCGAAUCUCGUCGCUUACAUUUGCUUCAGUGACGAGAUGAAGAAUCCAUCUGCGGAUGAACUAUUCACUGCAGAUGGCUUAUUUGCAGCCAUCACGACUGACCUUCGCCAAAGGAUUGCCAUCAUGCUUGGCGAGCUCCGGAUCGCGUUGCCUACUUACAUGAUUCCUUCUCUCUUCAUCCCUUGCAGAUUUAUGCCUUCCAUUACGUCCACCAAGCUUGACAGAAAGACUCUGCGCCACCUGAUGGACUCGCUGAAUGACGAGCAGCGGAAUGCUUACGCUCUCCUCAACAGCCAGAAACGCGAGCCCGAAACAGAGAUGGAAAUUCAACUUCAAGCUCUUUGGGCAGAUGUUUUGGGCAUCCCUGCUGCUUCCAUUGGCCGAGACGACAGUUUCUUGCAGGUUGGCGGAGACUCCAUCUUGGCCAUUCAGUUGGCCUCUCGCGCCCGAGAAAUGGGAAUUUCCUUUCAGGUGAAGGAUGUGUUUGAUGACCCCAGAUUGGUGGCUCUGUCAUUGAAGGCUACGAAGACAACUGACCAGUUGGAAACUCAUGUCGCGCCACUUAGCAUGGUAACCGACAGACUGAGGGAUGCAGUCUUUAGUGAUGAUGUUCGCAAACAAUGCUGCUUAUCCGAAGAGCAGGUGAUUGAAGACUGCUACCCUUGUACUUCACUACAAGAGGGUCUGAUGGCUCUCACUGCUAAACAGCCUGGAUCUUACGUGGCGAACUAUGUGUUCCGGUUACCUAGGCAUGUCGAUAUCUCGCGAUUUGUUGCUGCCUGGAACCAGAUGUCCGAUAUCUGCUCCAACCUCCGCACUCGCAUCAUUCACUUGGAUGGGGAGUCUGUUCAAAUCGUCGUUCGAGGUGGAAACCAGUGGCGAUCUACGGAGAAUCAGACUUUGUCCUCAGUUCUUGAUUCAUCCGAGAACUUGAAGAUGACAUAUGGAACGGCUCUCUCUUCCUGUGCUAUCGUUCAUGAUGGUGACAGCGAUUAUUUCGUCUGGUCAGCCCAUCACUCCAUCUACGAUGGCUGGACGAUGCGGAUCCUAUUCAGCACCCUGUAUUCAGCCUACUAUGGCGAUUCCCUGUCUCCUGUUCGGCCUUAUUCCUCCUUCAUCAACUACUACAGGAAUAUUGACACCGGAAAGGCCGCAGAAUUCUGGACCAAGGAGCUAGCUGGGUCAAAGCGGGCAGAAUUCCCGACCAGCCAACGCUCCAUCUCCGCGGCCAGGACGGAUGUGUACCAUUCGACCAUUGUGCUACCAGAGACCUUGAAUAUCCCUGUAACAAAGGCCACAGUUGUUCGGGCUGCUUGGGCAGUCGUCCUUGCCCGGUAUUGCGAUACCGACGAUGUCACUUUUGGUACAACCGUCUCCGGCAGACAGGCCCCUGUCCAGGGUGUUGAAUCAAUCGUCGGGCCGAUGAUCGCAACUGUUCCAGUUCGUGUCCGACUCGAUAAGAACGGCCCUGUUUCUCAGUUUUUGAGUGAUGUUCAAUCACAAGCAUCCUCCAUGAUUCCCUAUGAGCAGCUCGGAUUGCAGAAUAUUGCCAAGCUUAGUUCUGAUGCGAAGGAGGCUUGUGAAUUUUCCAGUCUCCUUGUCAUUCAACCACCAGCUCAUGAUCCUGCCGGCGGGGAUGACUCAAAGGCAAUUCUCUCACACAGCGAGACGGAACAGGACGAGACGGAAAAGGCUAUGCAAGGCUAUUUCAACUACCCUCUCGUCAUCAUCAGUGGCAUUGGCGAGAAGGCUAUUGAGCAGCGGCUCUUUUACAACUCCGAUGUCCUUGGCAAGGACCAGAUAGAAGCGUUGUCUCAUCACAUAGAGCAUGUCACACACCAGCUUCUCAAUAACAGCGGCAUGCAGAAGGAUAUUUCCCUGAUCGGCUCGUGGGAACUGCAAAAGGCCGUCGAUGCGUCUCGUCUUCGCCCUGCAACGGAAUCAUGCACACACUGGUUGAUCCAAGACCAAGUCAGAUUACAGCCUGACCAGAUCGCUAUCUCCUCAUGGGAUGGAGACCUGACCUAUGCUCAGCUUGGAAAACAUGUCGCGCGCUUAGCUGCAAGAUUGCAAGAGCUUGAUGUUGGACCUGAGUCAUUGGUCCCUCUCUGCUUCCACAAAUCGAAGUGGGCUGUGGUCGCUAUGGUGGCUGUUCAAAUGGCCGGAGGUGCCUUUAUUCCCCUCGAUCCUGGUGCCUCGCCAGCCAGAUUACAAGGAAUUCUCCAGGAUACGGGAGCUACGCUGGCUAUAACCAGCUCAGAGUGUCAAGGAUUACUUCAGUCACUUGGCAUGAAAGCUGUUACAGUGGACGAUCAAAGUAUCUCCGAGCUGCCAGCCGAGUUCGACCUGCGGUCAGAGGCUAGGCCUACCAACGCCAGCGUCAUCCUCUUUACAUCUGGUAGCACUGGCAAGCCAAAGGGCAUGAUUAUUGAGCACAGAAGUAUCUGUUCCUCGAGCGAUGCCUACGGUGCCGAUUUGAAGAUUGAAGCCGGCACCCGGGUGUUCCAAUUCUCCGCAUACACGUUCGACGUUGGUGUCCUGGAUUGUCUUGUGACGCUGAUGAGAGGUGCCUGCAUCUGCAUUCCAUCCGAUCAUGACCGUCUGAACAACCUUGCGGCCGCCAUUACUGCGUCUAAAGCCGAUUGGGUAUUCCUCACGCCAACUGUUGCAGACCUCCUCAACCCGGUGGAAGUCCCUACUUUGAAGACUGUCUGUCUGGGUGGCGAAGCCAUUACCAAGAAGUGUGCUGACAGGUGGGUUGGCCAUGUGAGCCUGCAUGGCCUCUAUGGCCCAGCCGAAGCGUCUAUCUGUGCAUGGAACUCGGUAGUAGGGAGAUCAGGGCGCCCCACGAAUCUCGGACACCCCAUAUCCAGUGCGUUUUGGGUUGUUAAUGUCAAUGACCCGAAAUCACUGGUGCCAAUCGGCUGUAUUGGUGAACUUCUUAUCGAGGGUCCAAUGCUUGCUCGGGGGUAUCUGAAUGUGACGGCCGAGGUCGCCGCCAACUGGCUUGAAGGCGUUGACUGGCUUCCUGGUGACAACCGACCUAGGAGAGCUUAUCGAACCGGUGAUCUCGUCAGGCGGAAUGCGGAUGGUACGUUCGACUACAUCGGCCGCAAAGAUACCCAGGUUAAGCUUCACGGUCAGCGUGUCGAGCUGGGAGAGAUUGAGACCCGAAUUCAGGAGUUCUUGCCGCAAAACAUGGCUGCGAUUGUGGACGUUGUUAAAGACAAUGACGCCCCGGCUACCUUGUUGGCUUUCAUCUGGAACUCUGAUGGAAGCUCUGCCUCGCCAGCCCGUCUCGUGGACACCGUAUCGGAUGAAGCGCGAGCCAUGGUUUUGCACUUGGAUACGUCUCUGAACACAAUUUUGCCCUCAUACAUGAUUCCGUCCUCUUACCUCCUCUUCAGUGGGAAGCCGGAGCAAACCACAACGGGCAAGAUCAAUCGCCGGUCUUUGACUGGCCAAGCCCAGCAUAUCACUGCUCAAGAGCGUCUGCGCUUUGCUCCUGAUACCAGCUUCCGCGUGCUCCCAACUACACCCAUGGAAUUCAAGUUACGCGAGCUAUGGGCACAGAUUCUCCGUAUUGAACCUGAUGAUAUUUGCAAGAACGACAGCUUCUUACGCCUCGGUGGCGAUUCGAUAUCUGCUAUUCAGCUGGUGUCGAAAGCCCAACUGCAAGGUCUCGAUCUGACAGUCGCGACGAUUUUUCAAUCUCCUCGUCUCGAGCAAAUGGCCAGCGCCAUCGUCGAGGAUGAGUUGACUGUAUACAGUGAGAUCCGGCCGUUCGAUAUGCUUCCGGCAGGGGAGUCCAGUACCAUCCUGGCUGAAGCCCGAGAUCAGUGCUCGCUGCCUGACAGUGCUAUCAUCGAAGACUCUUACCCUUGUACCAAGCUUCAAGAGGGCUUAAUGGCGUUAUCCGUCAAGCAACCUGGCAGUUACGUCGCCAAAUAUCUCUACCGCCUUCCUGACCACGUCGAUGUGGCUCGUUUCAAGUCAGCUUGGAAGCAGACUAUGCAUAUUUGUGCCAGUUUGCGCAGCAGAAUCAUCAACACAUCGGCCAAGUCGACAUUCCAAAUCGUACUGAAUCCCGAGUCGAGUUCAGAGCCGCUACCGUAUCACGAUCUACAAGCUGUACUACGAUAUGCUCAGACGAUCAAAAUGACAUACGGUUCAGCAUUGUGUCAAUUUGCGUUUGUUGAAGACGAGCAGCGGAGUGUGUUCUUUUUCUGGGCCAUGCAUCAUACAGUUUUCGACGGCCUGUCCACACAAGUUAUCCUGGGCAUCUUGCACAAAGCGUACUUCGGCCUUGAAACUCCUGUCUUGACUCCUUACUCUCGUUUUAUCCAGUAUCUUUUGCAGAUAGAUGAGGAGGCUGCCUCUGCUUAUUGGAGAGAUGCUCUACAUGAUGCCAAGCCAGCACAAUUGCCUUCGCUGCAUAACACCCACGACAAAGUAGUUGCUACUUGUGUUUUGGAAACACCAAUUGGCUUUGUCGAUGCCAGCAAACUCAAUGUGACGUUAGCAACCGUCAUUCGAUCCGCCUGGGCCAUUGUCCUUGCGAGAUAUUGUGACACUGACGAUGUAUGCUUCGGCAUCGCCACCUCAGGCCGUCAGGCUCCCGUUCCUGGAAUCGUUGACAUGGUAGGGCCGGUGAUUGCGACGGUUCCUGUACGAGUCAGACUGGAUCGUCAACAGCCCGUAUCAGAUUUCUUACAGAGCGUCCAACAGGGCGCAGUAGGAAUGAUUCCGUACGAACAAUUCGGUCUACAGAACAUCACGAAACUCAGCAGAGACGCCUAUGAAGCGUGCCAGUUCUCAAGUUUGCUGGUCGUCCAGCCCAUACGCCACAUUGCCAACAGCGAGGAGAGCAAGGAACUGCUUUCUGCUGCAGAGGUGACCGAAGGUCUCUCUGACUCCCUGAACAACUUCUUCAACUAUCCCCUGAUUGUACAAGGCCACUUGUAUGGUGAUAAGGUAAAAAUUGCAGUGGCAUACGAUCGAAAUGUUUUGACAGAGCGCCAGGUUCAAGCCUUAUCCGAACAGCUUGGCCAUGUCAUUCACCAGCUCGCUUCGGGCGCUGGCACUUCCCUCGAGUCUAUCUUGAUCGCUUCAUCUCACGACCUUGAAUUGGCUUUAGCUGUCAAUAGCGAGGUGCCGGAGAUUAUCAGUUCAUGCGUGCAUGAGUUGAUUGACAAACAAGCUCAGAUCUCCCCACAAGCACCAGCAAUCUUGGCAUGCGAUGCGGAACUCACGUACAGCGACUUGGCUGCCGCUUCGGACAGACUAGCAUACCAUCUCAUCCACAGUCAUGGUGUCAAGCCUGGUGAUUUUGUCAGUGUCUGCUUUGGGAAGUCUGCUUGGCAUUUCGUGUCAAUAUUCGCGAUCAACAAGGCUGGAGCUGCUUGGGUUCCCUUGGAGCCAUCCCAGCCCGAAGCGCGUUUGCGCCAGAUUGUUCUCCAGACCAAGGCUCGCCUGGCGUUGGUAUCACCCAGUAAUGCCGAACUCUGUGCCAAACUCGUCACAGACGUGGUCGAAGUCACGGCUGAGCUGGAUCAACAACUGGGCCGUUCUGUGUCAGAACCAUUCAAACCGCUCGCAAUAUCGCCUCGCAGUCCUGCCUACAUUCUGUUUACCUCUGGCAGUACUGGAACGCCAAAGGGUUUUGUUAUAGAGCACCAAUCACUCAGCACCAGCCAAACGGCUCUUGCUACCAGACUCAAGAUGACCUCGAGUGUGCGAAUCAUGCAAUUUGCUUCCUACGUUUUCGACAUGUCUCUCGGAGAAUCUAUUGGACCACUGAUCUCCGGAGCUUGUGUUUGCAUUCCCUCGGACCGAGAACGCAUGGAGAAUAUUGCGACUUUCAUUCGAAAGCGUCAAAUUAAUUGGGCUUUCCUCACACCCGUAUUCGCCCGCACAAUCCAGCCCGCAGACGUCCCUAGUCUAGAACUCCUUUUACUAGGUGGUGAAGCUGUCCCCCAGGACUUGUGCCUCACAUGGUUUGGAAAAGUGCGACUGAUCAACGCCUGGGGCCCUGCAGAGGCCUGUGUCAUCAGUGCUGUGCAUGAGUGGACGUCUGCUGAGACUUCGUCGCUGGUUAUCGGCCGUCCGGUGGGCGGCUUCUGCUGGAUUGUCGAUCCUGAGAUGCCUCAGUCCCUUGCGCCAUUCGGCACAAUGGGAGAGGUGGCUAUCCAGGGCCCAACACUACUACGUGAAUAUCUGGAUGAGCCCGAACGAACAAAGGCUGCCCUUAUACCCAGACCCAGCUGGGCGCCUCAACCAGAUGCCCAACACUGGAACCGACUCUACCGAACUGGUGAUCUAUGCUUCUACAACUCUGAUGGCAACCUUGUCUUCGGUGGCCGCAGGGAUACGCAAGUCAAGAUACGCGGCUUCCGGGUCGAGAUUGGAGAUAUUGAGCAUCAUAUCCGCGACAAGCUGGAUGAUGUCUGCGAGGCUGCUGUUGAAGUCUUGAAGAGCACUACUGGCGCAAGUCUCAUAGCUUUUGUCAGCUUCAAGUCUGGAAUCGAGCAGCCAGACAUUGAGAGUAGUGGAUCGAGCGGUGAAGUGUUCCUACAACCGACCUCUCGCAUGCAGAAGGCUUUCAGAGCCUUGGAAGGACGUCUGAAGGCUACUCUACCCCCCUAUAUGGUCCCGUCAAUAUUCGUCCCUUGCAAGUACCUUCCAUCCACAACCUCUGACAAGCUAGAUCGCAAGAAGCUGAAGGCUAUGGCGUCUUCUCUAAGCCUUGAGGAUCUAUCCAAGUAUACGCUCUCCGACCUGGAGAAGCAGGGUCCGGAGACGGAGAUGGAAAAACGGAUACAGCUCAUUUGGGCCGAGCUACUGAACGUCCCUGCUACAUCCAUUGGUCGGGAUGACAGCUUCCUGCAGAUUGGUGGCGAUUCAAUCAUCGCCAUUCACUUCGUCACUGCUGCUCAGAACUCCAACAUUGGGCUUUCGGUGGCGGAUAUCUUUGAUGACCCCAGGCUAUUAGCCGUUGCCGCGAAGGCGAUCAGCCUCACGAGAAGCGGUCAAGCUGCAGAAAUCCCCCAAUUUGGCCUCAUCGAUGAACAAACCCAGCAAUUACUUUCUAGCCAAGAUUUGCGACAAAAUUACCACUUGGCUGAUGAUGUUGUCCUUCGAGAUGCUUACCCUUCGACCAAGAUGCAGGAAGGUCUUCUGGCUCUUACAGAGAAACAGCCUGGAAGCUAUGUUGCAAAAUUCGUCUACCGCCUCGGUCGUACUGUCGACGUUUUGAGGUUCCGAUCUGCAUUUGAAGAUAUGGUAAAACUCUGCGACAACUUGCGCACAAGAGUUGUUAUGGUCGGGAGCCAAACCGUCCAACUCGUCCUUGAGAAUGAUUUCGCAUGGGAUGAAGUACAAGGACAGGAGCUGCAGUCGUACAUGCACGCUCUAGGUUCGUCAAACAUGGCUUAUGGCUCGCGAUUGAGUCGAGGUGCGAUUGUCAUGGAUGGGGACGAGGUCUACUUUGUGUGGGCUUUGCACCACUCCAUCUUUGACGGUUGGACAAUGCGUCUCAUGAUGGACGUCCUUCAUUCAAUGUAUGAUGGCCGGUCCCCGCCGUCUCUACAAUCGUACAACAGGUUCGUUGCAUACGUCGGCAACCUCAAUCACGAAGAGACAAGAAACUAUUGGGGGGCACAGCUUGACGGUGCAAGCCGGGCCGCGUAUCCUCCGCUCUCAAAGACCAGCUCGAACUCUAGCAAAAGCCUGGAGCGAGGUAUGCAGUUGCCCAAUAUGACCGACUUGUCGGCCACCAAAGCUACGGUCAUUCGGGCUGCAUGGGCAAUGCUCCUCGCAAGAUACUGUGAGACGGAUGAUGUCUGCUUCGGUGCUACUGUCUCUGGCCGCCAAGCCCCUGUUCCAGGAUUGCCCGAUAUGCCUGGGCCUGCUGUUGCUACCGUGCCUAUCCGUGUCCGAUUAGACAAGCACCGGAGCGUUUCGGACUAUCUUGACACCAUACAAAGCCAGGCCCUGAAGAUGAUUCCCUACGAGCAGUUUGGCCUCCAGGAAAUCCAGAAAAUCAGUCCUAGGGCUCAAGAGGUGUGCAACUUCUCGAGCUUGUUGGUUGUUCAACCGAUGCAGCACUUGAUCAAUGGUGAGCAUGCACUGCUUCAGCCCGUCGAGGUUGAGUCACAAGAGGAAAGCUCUUUGCAGAAUUACUUCACGUACCCUCUCGUCAUCCAGGGGCACGUCAUGGGCGAAGACAUCAAGUUGAUGUUCAUCUAUGACUCGAACGUCUUGCCAGAGUCUCAGGUUCUGGCCAUAUCUCAUCAGAUGGAACACAUCAUGAGGCAGCUAAUUGCCAAGCCGCAGUCACUGCUUGGAGAUCUGUCUCUGACUUGCGACUGGGAUGUCAAAUUCGCAGAAAAGGCCAACAGGGAAGAUCCACCGGAAAUCAUUGACUCUUGCUUGCACGAUCUCAUUGAGUGCCAGGCAGAGAUACGUCCAGACGCUGUUGCCAUACUGGGCUGGGAUAAGGUGCUUACCUAUGACGAGUUGAACAAAGCAGCCAACAGGCUGGCUCAUCAUCUAGUCAUGGACAUCGGAGUCAAAGCUCACGACCUGGUCCAAGUGUGCUUUACCAAAUCGGCCUGGUAUGCUGUAGCCAUCUUGGCAAUCAACAAAGUCGGCGCCGCUUGGGUCCCUAUCGAUCCCUCACACCCUCUGCAACGCCAUCAACAGGUAACAGCCCAGACAAAGGCGCGAGUUGCACUGGCGUCUCAGGACAAUGUGGAAAGAUGCUCCCAAUUAGUUACAUCUGUUGUUGUCGUCUCUUCUUCCCUGGAUUCUGAUCUCUGUAAGAAGGGCUUCAGUAGCUCUCAAGGUCCGGACGUUUUAGUCACUCCGAAGCACGCCGCCUAUGUCUUGUUCACUUCUGGAAGCACAGGUGUACCCAAAGGCCUAAUCAUGGAACACGGUGCCCUCUGUACGAGUCAGAUGGCUGCUGGCAAACGCUUCGGGUUCACGCCAAGUGUCAAGAUCCUGCAAUUCGCUGCCUAUGUGUUUGACUAUUCGAUCAGCGAGAUGCUCGCAGCCAUGAUGUACGGUGCCUGUGUGUGCAUUCCGUCCGAAGAAGACCGUAUGAACAGACUGAAGGAGUACGUUAACGACACCGGCAUCAAUUGGUUAUUCCUUACCCCGUCCUUCCUACAGACCUUGAGGCCUGAGGAUGUGCCAAGUGUAGAAUUGGUAGCCCUUGGUGGCGAGGCUGUCCCACGCGCCCUAUUUGAAGAAUGGAUUGGAAAAGUGAGAUUCUUCAAUGCUUGGGGCCCGUCGGAGACAUGCGUCAUGAGCGCAAUGCACGAAUGGAGAUCUUCAGAAGAGUCAGCUUUGACGAUUGGAAAGCCAGUGGGUGGGUUCUGCUGGAUUGUUGAUCCAGAAGAUCCAUGGAAACUUGCGCCGACUGGAACUGUUGGUGAGCUUAUUGUGCAGGGUCCCACGUUGUUGCGCGAGUAUCUGGGCGACGCCGAGAAGAGCAAGGCUGCAAUCCUGGAAGGUCGACCUGACUGGGCAAUGUAUCCUGAUACGCAGCACUGGACUCGCUUUUACAAGUCCGGGGAUCUUUGUUCUUACAACCCUGACGGCACUAUCAGGUUCUACUCGCGAAAGGAUACGCAAGUUAAAAUUCGCGGCCUUCGUGUGGAGUUGGGUGAAGUUGAAUAUCGCAUCAAGGAGACCUUCCCCGAAGCCCAUCAAGUCGUGGUUGAUGUCUUCAAGUCUGGCUCAGUCUCAAACCUGGUUGCUUACUUUUGCUUCGGCGAUGCCACUGUCGACGUCUCGAGUAAUUCUCUCGAUGAUAUCUUCAUGGUCUUGGGAGAAGAAACACAGCAGCGUCUCGCAACCAUGGUUGGCGAACUCAAGGUUCUGCUUCCAGAAUACAUGGUUCCCGCCCUCUUCAUUCAAUGCAAGCAUAUGCCAACUGCCACGUCUGGCAAGCUGGAUCGAAAGACGUUGCGAGGACUUACAUCAAGCCUUACGAAGGACCAGCUGGCCGCCUAUUCACUGGUGAAUAGCAAAAAGACCAUGCCGCAAACCCCUAUGGAGGGCAAGCUACAGGCCAUCUGGGCUGAUGUCUUGGGUAUUCCUAUGGAAACGAUUGGUCGUGACGACAGCUUCCUGAGUAUUGGCGGUGAUUCCAUUGCGGCUAUCCGGCUCGUUGCUGCUGCUCGUGACCAAGGAGUCGCGCUCACAGUCAGUCAGAUUUUCGAAGACGGUCGACUGUUGUCUAUUGCAUCGAAAGCUUCUUUCAUCAGUGAUGGAAGCUCUCAAGCUUUUACCCCCAUCGAACCAUUUGCUCUUCUUGAUGAACCACAGCGCGAUAUGAUCACCGAAAGCGCUGAAGAGUUCGGCCUCGAACUUUCUCGAGACAUGGCGGUUGAAGAUUGCUAUCCGUGUUCCAAGAUGCAAGAAGGUUUGAUGGCAUUGGCUGUUAAGCAGCCUGGAUCAUACAUUGCCAAGUACAACUAUCGCAUCCCGUCUCAUGUGGAUGUUAGCCUUCUGAAGGCAGCAUGGGAACAGAUUGUCAAUAGUUUCCCUAACCUGCGUACCAGAAUCAUCCGACUGGGUGCUAUCUCCCUCCAGGUCGUUGUGAAGGGAGAUACUGUCUGGGAUUCCACAGAACGAAUGACCCUUCGGAGCUAUUUGCAGCAGACCCGAACCAUGGAAAUGGGUUACGGCUCACGGCUCUGCCGAUCUGCCAUCUUCAAGGACGGUGACGAAGUCUAUUUCUCUUUCAACCUUCAUCACGCCGUCUAUGAUGGCUGGACAUUGUCUAUCAUCUUGGAGGAAUUCCACCGAGCCUACAAGGGUCUCGAGCCUGCCACCACGGUUCCUUACUCACACUUCAUCAAGUACACAAUGGAACUCGAUCACGAGGCCGCCGGCGAUUUCUGGGCAAGGCAGCUUGAGAACGCUCGAAAGGCGACAUUCCCCUCCGUUCCAAUUACGUCUACAAGCAAGCCCGAAGCUUCGCGUACAAUGACAGCGGAACUUGAACUUUCCAAGAGCAACACCACCAUCACAACAGCUACAAUUGUGCGUGCCGCUUGGGCACUAGUCCUUGCUCGCUAUUGCGAUAGCACCGACGUUUGCUUUGGCGCGACGGUUUCAGGGCGCCAAGCAUCGCUCCCAGGCUUGACACAAAUGCCUGGGCCAGUGAUUGCAACUAUACCCGUCCGGAUCCAUCUUGACCAUGAUCAACCGACGACAAAGUUCCUGGAGGAAGUCCAAACACGAGCAAGCGACGCGAUUCCUUUCGAACAAUUUGGCCUGCAGAGUAUUCGCAAGCUCAAUCCAGACGCCGACGAAGCUUGUGACUUUACCAGCCUAUUGGUUAUUCAACCUCUAAAGAUGCUUUCACAUCUGGAAAACACUGGCGAAGAUGCUCUUCUGGUUGGUGUCGAGGACACAGAUGACAGCGCAGAUGGAAUGCAGAACUAUUUCUCAUAUCCGCUUGUCCUCCAAGCCCAUCUGAGCGACGACUUCAUGAGAAUCGUCCUGAUCUACAACCCUCACUGCAUUGCGGAGCAGCAAAUCGUCGCAUUGUCCGAGCAGCUGAAGCAUGUGAUUGCCCAGUUGGCUGAGUCAAAGCCCAGCCAGAUGCUACGUGAUGUCUCUCUCGUCUCCCAGUGGGAUAUCGAACAAUCACGCAAGUUCAAUGUGGACACCCCCGAGAUCGUUGAUUCCUGUUUCCACACCCUUGUUGAAGAUCAGGCUGCUCAACGUCCUGAUGCCAUGGCCAUCCGCUCUUGGGACGGUGACUUCAGUUAUGCCCAGCUGAACCAGGCGGCUAACCGACUUGCAAAUUACCUGGUACAAACACACGAGAUCAAGACAAACGACUUGAUACACGUAUGCUUUGAGAAGUCAGUCUGGCAUUUUGUAUCUAUCCUGGCUAUCAACAAAACUGGCGCGGCCUGGGUUCCCUUGGACCCAUCACACCCCCUACAGCGUCUUCAACAAGUCGUCAGUCAAACGCGGGCUAAGUUUGCACUCUGCUCGCCAGACAAUAGCGAUCUUUGCUCCACCCUCGUCGAGUCCGCGAUCCAGAUUACGCCUGAAUUCGACAAGCAGCUUCAGAAACAGGUCAACAGCCGACAGGGCCCUACAGAGAGAGCCUCUUCAGGCGAUAUUGCCUACGUCCUCUUUACCUCUGGCAGUACCGGCACGCCAAAGGGCCUCGUAAUGCAACAUGGGUCCGUGUGUACAAGCCAGAAGGCGAUUGCCAAGAGGCUCAGACUUGGACCGGAAGUGCGUAUGCUACAGUUUGCAGCCUUCGUUUUCGACUUGUCGAUUGGAGAAAUUGUGGCUCCCCUUAUCACAGGCGCCUGUCUAUGCAUUCCAUCCGAGCAUGCUAGGAUGAAUGAUUUGUCCAAGUUUAUGCAGGACAUGAACGUCAACUGGGCUUUCUUGACGCCUUCGUUUGUGCGGACCCUAAACCCGGACGAUGUCCCUGGGCUGGAAGUCCUACUGCUUGCAGGCGAGGCAGUUCCUCGCGAUGUGUUGACAGCCUGGUUCGGAAAGGUUCGUCGUCUCAUCAACGGCUGGGGACCUGCUGAGACUUGUGUCUUCAGUACUCUACAUGAGUGGAAGUCAGUUGACGAGUCGCCUCUCACUGUGGGACGCCCUGUCGGCGGCUUUUGCUGGAUUGUCGAUCCCGAUUCUGGGUUUCUUGCCCCUAUUGGCACGGUUGGGGAAGUCGUUAUUCAAGGCCCGACUCUGUUGCAGGAAUAUCUCGCAGACCCGGAACGCACCAAUACCAGCAUUCUGCCCGCUGCCGAGUGGGCUCCCCGUCCAGACGAAUCACACUGGAACAGAUUCUACAAGUCAGGCGAUCUAUGUCGGUAUAAUGCCGACGGAACAAUCGAGUUUUCAACGCGCAAGGAUACGCAGAUCAAGAUUCGAGGAUUGCGUGUUGAAUUGAGUGAAAUCGAAUACAAUAUCCAACAAUCACUGAUCGGUGUGCGUCAAGUGGCUGUUGACGUCGUCAGGGGCGACAACGGCUCCAGUCUUGUUGCCUACAUUUGCUUCACAGACGAAACGAAGACAGCCGGCGUCAAGACCGAUGCUUCGGAGACUCUAUUCUUAUCCACCGACGAGAGCUUACAGAACCAGCUGAUUGCCCUUGUUGGGGAAUUGGGUAUUGCCCUUCCCCGAUACAUGAUCCCGACCUUGUUCAUCCCAUGUGCCUUCAUGCCGUUCAUUGCUUCGACCAAGCUGGAUAGAAAGCUUCUGCAGACGCACCUCUCGACUCUCGAUAGGGAUCAGCUAGCGAUGUAUUCGUUGUUACACAGCGAAAAACGGCAGCCAGAGACCGAAAUGGAGCAGCGCCUGCAGUUGAUCUGGGCUGAGAUCAUGAACUUGCCAAUGGAGUCCAUCGGCAGAGAUGACACCUUCUUCCAGCUGGGAGGCGAUUCGAUAAUGGCUAUAUACCUUGUCUCAACAGCAAAGGAAGAGGGCAUUACUCUGACUGUACAGGAUGUGUUUGAUGAUCCCAGACUACUGGCUGUAGCCGCAAAGGCUGUUCUGAGUCAAGAUGGUAUGGAGCCAGCAGACUCUCCUCCAGAGCCAUUCAGUCUGUUGCCUGAAGCACAGAAGCGCCUUGUACUCGGGGAGGACGCCCGAAAAUUGUGCGGCCUGGCGAAGGACCGAACCAUCACGGAUGCGUAUCCAUGCAGUUCUCUGCAAGAAGGCCUCAUAGCCCUUACCGCCAAGCAGCCAGGGUCCUAUGUUGCUACCUAUGCCCAUCAUCUCUCCAGCUUUGUGGACAUACCCAUGUUCAGGGCUGCGUGGGACUCGGUGGUUGAUAUUUGUGACAAUCUUCGAACCCGGAUUGUCGUCUUGGAUGGCGUCAUGACGCAGAUAGUCCUUGAUCGUGACAGUCAAUGGGUGCCUGCCGACAAUGAAACCCUCGAGUCAAUGACUGGAUCGUCGCGCAAUCUGAAGAUGGGUUACGGAACUCCUCUCUGCUGGUACUCUAUCGUGUCUGAGAAGGGUGAAAACUAUUUUGUGUGGUCAGCCCACCACUCCAUUUACGAUGGUUGGACCAUGAAAGUCAUGUUCACAGCGCUGUUCUCAGCUUACCAGGGCAUGUACGCACCCGAAGUCCGACCUUUCUCCUCUUUCAUCAAAUCCGUGAAAGAGCUCGAUAAUGACAAGGUCGCAUCGUACUGGACACAAGAACUGGCUGGUGCAAAGCGCGCUUCGUUCCCAUCUCGCCGAACUGCCCCAGGCAUCAUGGAAAGCAAGCGGUUCAGCUCAACAAUUCCAUUCUCCAGAUCCAUGAAGACUUCUAUCACGCAAGCGUCGAUUCUUCGAGCCGCGUGGGCUAUUGUCCUUGCCCGAUACUGCGACAGUAGCGAGGCAGUGUUCGGAGCGACGGUUUCAGGCCGUCAAGCCCCGAUUCCAGGAGCUGAGAUGAUAUCUGGCCCAAUGAUUGCCACCGUCCCCAUCAGAGCCCGGCUAGACAAUCAGGCGCCUAUAUCAAGAUUUGUCCAAGACAUUCAGAGCCUGAGCACAUCCAUGAUCCCGUACGAGCAAUAUGGCUUGCAGAAUAUUGCCAAGGUCAGCGCUGAAGCGAGGGAGGUUUGCGAUUUCUCGAGUCUCUUAGUUGUCCAGCCCCCUGCACAUGGAGCUGGAGACGAUCAUGGCGAGAGUAUCUUCGUUGUUGACGCGUCCGCAAGCGAUCUCACGAUGGACUCCAUGGACGGCUACUUCAACUAUCCCCUCGUGAUCAUCAGCAGUCUCUAUCCUGAAGAGUUCAGACUGAACUUUUUCUACGAUUCUACAGUGCUGUCGGAAGCUCGGGUCAUUGCUCUGUCAUCGCAUUUGAACCACGUCAUUCAACAACUCGUGGCGAAGGAAGCAGUGAAUGCGCCUCUGAGCUCAGUCUCACUUCUCAGCCCCUGGGACCUCCAACAAGCAGUCGAGUCCAGCCGUUUGGAGCCUUCUAGCAACACUUGUACCCACUGGGCCAUUCAAGAAAACAUCCAGUCUCGACCAGAUGAUGUUGCCAUUGCGUCGUGGGAUGCAGAACUCACCUACUCCCAGGUAGGAACAUUUGCUUCGCGCUUGGCAAUCGAGUUACAGGAACGCGGAGUUGGUCCUGAAACCCUGGUUCUUCUGUGCUUCCCCAAGUCAGCUUGGGCCGUUAUUGCCAUGGUGGCCAUCGAAAUGGCCGGCGGCGCUUUUGUCCCUCUUGACCCUGCCGCUCCGGCAGCCAGACUGAAGGGCAUCAUUGAAGACACGCAUGCCACUCUCGCUAUGUCUAGCCCGACUAGUGGCAAAGUGCUCGAGGGCCUUGGCGUCGAUGUCUUCUUUGUUGAUGAGGAGAUGCUUUCGGGGCUCCCUAGCCCAACGAAACCAGUGAUUUCCAAUGUACGACCCGAUAAUGCGAGCGUGAUCCUGUUUACCUCUGGCUCGACAGGCAAACCAAAGGGCAUGGUCAUCGAACACAGAAACCUGGUCUCGUCCAGCGACGCAUACGGCAAUCUCCUUGGCAUUGGACCGGGUACACGAGUCUUCCAAUUUUCGGCCUACACCUUCGAUGUCGGCAUCCUCGACUGUCUCGUGUCUUUGAUGCGCGGAGCCUGUCUCUGCAUCCCAUCUGACCACGACAGGAUGAACGACCUAGCGGGUGCCAUGCGGUCUUCAAAGGCCAACUGGGUCUUCCUGACUCCUACAGUUGCCGACCUCUUAUCUCCUACUGAUAUCCCUGAUAUGAAAGUGGUGUGCCUUGGUGGUGAGGCCAUUAGCAAGAAGUGCGCGGAUCGCUGGGUGCAUCACGUCGACCUACAUGGUCUGUAUGGACCGGCGGAGGCAUCCAUCUGCGCGUGGAAUCCCACCGUUGGCAAAUUGGGUCGAUCGACUAACCUUGGAAGGCCUAUUUCCAGUGCCUUCUGGGUCGUUGAACCAGGCAAUCUUCGGCAGCUUGUGCCUGUGGGGUGUGUUGGCGAGCUUCUUAUCGAGGGUCCUAUGCUUGCCCGCGGCUACUUGAACGUAAGCCCUGAAGUUGCCGCCAGUUGGAUGGAAGACGUGGAUUGGCUUCCAGGAGGAAGAAAGAGAGUGUAUCGCACAGGCGAUUUGGUCCGCCGCAACGCCGACGGCACGUUCGACUACAUGGGCCGCAAGGAUACUCAAGUCAAGCUACACGGCCAGCGUGUCGAGCUCGGUGAGAUUGAGUCGCGCAUCCAUGAGCUACUGCCUGACAACAUGGCCGUCAUCGUCGACAUCCUCAAGGCAGAUGAUGAGAAUGCCCACGACAUCCUUCUGGCAUUCCUGUGGUAUACCGACGACGAGAUGACGUCUCGGUCAGAGGCUCUUCAGUUGAUGCACACAGUUUCAGAACAGGCUCAAAGCGUCAUCUCUCGUCUUGAUUUGGCCUUGGAAGAAAGUUUACCUUCGUACAUGAUUCCUUCUUCAUACUUGAUCUUCGAAGGCAAACCAGAACAGACAACCUCAGGCAAGGUGAAUCGCCGCUCAUUCGUGGAGCUUGGUCGAAGUGUCUCUGUUCAAGACCGCCUACGCUUUACACCGAGCGCCAGUGACUACGUAUCGCCUACAACUCCCAUGGAGCUAGAGCUGCAGAGCCUUUGGGCCCAAGUUCUCAAAAUCAGCGAUGUAUCAGCCAUUGGCAAGCACGACAGCUUCCUCCAUCUCGGCGGAGAUUCAAUCAGUGCCAUUGAGCUGGUCUCCUUCGCCCAGCGACAGAACAUUGGCCUCACGGUGGCAAUGAUAUUCAACUACCCGCGUCUCUCGGCGAUGGCAGAGGCCAUCCAGCUCGACGCUUCUCCGUCAUCCACGGCUCACGAAGUCGAACGGUUCGGCCUCAUACCGACCAGUGAUAAACAGAGCGCUCUGAGGGCUGUGCAGACGCAGUGUAAACUUUCAGACUUGGCCGAGAUAGAAGAUAUCUACCCUUGCACAGACCUUCAGACAGGAUUGAUGGCCUUGACCAUCAGCCAGCCAGGAUCCUAUAUCGCAAAACACGUCUAUCGUCUUGCACCACAUGUGGAUAUUGACCGCUUCAAACUGGCCUGGGAGCAAACUAUUCGAUACUGCAGCAACCUUCGCACACGGAUCGUCCUCUCGGGAAGCACUGCAGUCCAGGCUGUGAUUCAAGAGCCAGUUCACUGGCCUUCCACUUACACCGAUCUGCGUUCAUUCCUCCUAUCCAAAGAGAACUGCACCAUGACUUACGGGUCGCCGCUGUGUCGAUUUGCAAUCAUCAAGCAGGGCAGCGAUCAAUACUUUGCAGUCAACAUCCAUCACACCAUCUUCGAUGGAUGGACGUUGUCCAUUGUGCUACGAACGUUGCUCGCCAUGUACUCCCAGACAGAGCCGCCAUCGAUUCUCCCGUAUACCAGCUUCGUCAAGUACAUCAUGGAGCUCGACCAGGAGAAUUCCCGCGACUACUGGUCUACCCAACUUCGUGGCGUCAAACGCGGCACGUUCCCUGUGGUGGCUACACAAAACAAGCCGUCAUCUACCACACAAAAGAUUGCCGGCAUGCUAGACAAGACAGUCCACCUGCAGCGGCCGUCGGGCUCCUCCAUUACCAGAGCUACUAUCAUUCGCACUGCUUGGGCGAUCUUGCUGGCGCAGUACGAACAUGACGAUGACAUUUGCUUCGGCACGACCGUGUCUGGGCGACAAGCUGCCGUGCAGGGCAUUGACGAAAUGCCUGGUCUCGCUCUUGCUACGGUUCCUAUACGCGUUCAGCUUGACAAGCGGCAAAAGAUUUCCGCCCUUCUUCAGUCAAUGCAAGAUCAAGCCUUUGAGAUGGUCGCCCACGAGCAGUACGGGCUGGCGAACAUCUCAAGAAUCAGCACUGACGCCAAGGAGGCGUGCAACUUUACCAACCUCCUCAUCGUUCAGCCGGCUCAGCAGUUCACUCCAACUGACAGCGGGACUGAAUCCACCGUAUUUUAUCCCGUGGCUGCGGAAGGCUUCGCUGAAGGUGAGCUCCUUGGAGACUACUUCAGCUAUCCGCUUGUCGUGCAGUGUCAGCUGCUCGAAAACGAUGUCCAGCUGAGUAUCAUCUACCAAACUGAUCUCGUCAACCAUUCUCAAGUGAACGCGCUGGCCGAGCAGUUCUCCUACGUUCUGGAGCAGCUCCAGAAGAAUGGUGACAAGACACUGUCAGAACUCUCCCCUGCGAGCCCCUGGGAUACUGAGCAGGCAACCAAGUGGAACAGCUUCGACAUUGCACCGAUAGAAGCCUGCGUCCAUGACUUGUUCUCCAGGCAGGUUGCAAAGAUACCGCAUAAAGAGGCUCUGUAUUCAACGGCCGGCAGCAUGACAUAUGCAGAAGUCGAUCAGUUAUCGGACGAGCUAGCUUUGCAUCUCAUCCAACUGGGCGUCAAAUCGGAAGCCAUCGUACCCUUUUGCUAUGAGAAAUCCGUGUGGUCCAUCAUUGUCAUGAUGGGCAUCAUCAAGGCUGGCGGUGUCUUCCUACCGCUAGACCCGAGCCAUCCGCUCAGUCGACGACAAGCCUUGAUCGACGAAACAAGUGCCCAGUACAUGAUCGUAUCCCCUAGUACAGCCAAAGAGUGUGCGGGCAUGACCAGAAACAACAUUGAGCUUUCGUCGGCCUUUUUCUCAAGACCAAAUGGUCGGGCCUCCGCCUCACGGAAACUCAAGGCUGCCAGGUCCAGUCCCAGCAAAGCCAUGUACAUCCUGUUUACCUCUGGUUCGACCGGAAAACCCAAGGGUGUCAUUAUCGAACACAGGGCCAUAUCCAGCUUCCUCGUCAGGCUGUGCAAAGUUAUCCAUGUUACUAGGGAUUCGAGGACCUUCCAAUUCUCUAGCUAUGUGUUUGAUGCGUCAAUCCUCGAAAUCUUCGCCACCUUGAUAUCAGGAGGCACUGUGUGCGUUCCCACCGACGCGGAGCGCAUCCAGCAUGCGGCAAGCUUCAUGGGGCAAGCCCACGUCAACACUGCCCUUCUGACUCCGACAUUCGCGAAGACACUUGAUCCACAGACGGUACCCUCGCUGAAGACACUGAUACUUGGUGGUGAAGCUCCAUCCAGGGACAUUGUGGACUCGUGGCGUCAGAACGUCAGCCUUUGGAACGCAUACGGACCUACUGAGACCUGCGUCGCGUCCUGCCUCCAACGAUACACUGACGAUGCCACAUCAGCCACUACCAUUGGUCGUGGGUUUGCUCAUCAUUGUUGGGUUGUCAACCCAGAGAACCACGAUGAACUUACUCCCAUUGGGUGCGUUGGCGAGCUUCUGGUACAAGGAGAUGCCUUGUCUCGUGGCUACAUUAACGAUGAAGAAAAGACAAACAACGCAUUCAUAAGUAACGUCAAGUGGCUUCCUGAUACCGUUGACGUUGGAAGACGACGGUUCUACAAGACUGGCGAUCUAGUCCGAUAUAACCCGGAUGGAAGCCUUCAUUACCUCGGCCGCAAGGAUACGCAGGUCAAGAUUCGAGGCCAACGUAUUGAGUUGGGUGAGAUUGAGUAUCAAAUUAAGCUCCAAUCACAUGAUGUCGAACAUGCGGUUGUCGACAAGAUCCGUCAUGACACCCAUGAGUCCCUCGUCGCCUUUGUUAGCUUCUCCAGCGACACGAGCCCCAGCGAUGCGUCAAACAUACGGGUAUUGAAUCAUAGCAGCAAGCUGCAGGAGCUCUUCUCCCAGCUGGCUUCAGACCUCUCUACUGUCUUGCCGAGUCAUAUGGUUCCCCAGUAUUUCAUUGCCGUCGAGUCCAUGCCGCUCAACACCUCCGGAAAGCUUGACAGAAAAGCACUCCUGCAGACGGCGGCAGGUCUCUCUUCGGAAGACCUGGCAGUUCAUUUGGCCGGCCAGCGUCUACCUUUCCGCGACGUCUCAACAGACCUCGAACACUGGCUCCGAGCAGAGUGGGCAGAUGUCCUCGAACUACCCAGAGAAAGCAUCAGCGUGGACGACAACUUUUACCAGCUGGGCGGCGACUCCAUUCGCAUCGUCAACGUCUCGAGGCUUGUCCUUGACAAGUUUGGAGUGUCCCUCGGGAGCACCCUGUUGAACAGCAAGCACACGACAAUCAGCAACAUGGCCAAAUUCAUCUCCCAGAGCGCGGAGAACGGGGCUGCAGAGGCAGAUCACCCAGAUGCGCAAGUCGACCUCAUGGCCAAGGUUAACGAGAUUGCCAACUCGCCCUGGAUGCAGCACCCGCGAGCCCUCCUUGAGAAUCCCACAACUACACUGCCUGACCAAGCCACGGUCUUCCUGACCGGAGCUACUGGUUUCCUCGGCACCGAGAUUCUCAGACGGUUGGUUGAAAAUCCAGCAAUCAGGUCGAUAGCUGUCCAUGUCCGCUCGAAAACACUAGCACAGGGGAUGGAUCGAAUCAGAGAGACGGCCAAGAUUGCAGGCUGGUGGCGUGAUGAAGAUGAAGCGAAGCUGGAAAUCUGGCUCGGCGACCUCUCCAAGACGCGUCUCGGUCUUACAGAAGCACAAUGGCAGCGCCUCUCUGGAGUGUCAGAAUCAGAAGCCAACAUCGAUGCCAUCAUUCACAACGGAGCAUCUGUCAACUGGAACGCCAACUAUGAGACGCUGAGCGCUCCCAACGUCAACUCAACUGUCGACCUGCUCAUGGCAACGGCCACAUCGCCGUGCCAGCCCAAGUUUGUCUUUGUGUCGGGCGGUGCCUUUACGGAUCCAGCAGAGAACCCAGCCGUUUCCGCAGCGCUUCUCAGUGGUUCCAAUGGCUACUCUCAGUCCAAGUUUGUCUGUGAAGCUGUUAUCACGAAGAUGGCCAACAGCCUCCCCAGCACACAGAACCGCGUGUCGACAGUCAAGCCCGGUCGUAUCAUCGGAAGGGCCGAGAAUGGCGUUUCCAACGUCGACGACUUUGUCUGGCGUGUCGUCUCUACGGCGGCAUCGAUCCAGGCCUACCCCGAGGAAGCAUCUGAUCACUGGAUGGUCAUGCAAGACGUGGGCGUAGUCGCAUCGAACGUCCUCGGUCCACUCUUUGCCGAUUCCAUCAAGCCAUUCAACCUACUGGCAAGAGGAAUGACAAUGUCCGACUUCUGGGACCGUGUCAAUGCCGAGCUGGACGCCCCGUGCAAGCCGGUUACCUGGCAAGAAUGGACUGAACGCGCCCUGGCCUCGAUGAAUACGGUUGGCAACACGCAUCCCCUGUGGCCGGUGCAGCACUUCCUCGGUCAGCUCGGUCUGCCGCGAGACUUUGCAACGCUGGCCAAUGCGGGAACGCAUGUGUGCGAGCAGUCCCAGAAGGCUGUCCACAGCAACGUGCGUUAUAUGAAGAAGAUUGGCUUUAUCCAGUCUUCGGAGGAAGGAUUUGGCAAUGUACAGCGGGAUGGCACGAUUCGACGCGUGCAUACGCUUGCAGGAUGAACGGGGACUUUUGAUACUCUUUUCUUUUUUUCUCGUGCUUUUUCUCCUUUGUCUCGGUUUACUCGUAUUAUUUGUUCUGUUCGGUUUCUUCUUCAUUCUAGUCUAUUUGACUGGCUUCUUACAUGUUUUGCUUUCCUUAUUCUGUUCCUAGUUAGUUUAGAGUCUCAUGGGCAGCAACUAGAUUAGAUUGAUAAGACACAAGUUGCCCCAUCG